AUGGAGGGGGCUGAAAUUUUAAUAAGCAUGCGUGACGACCCUAGUCUUCAUGUGCGUUACAGGUAAGAAUAUUUACCUUUAUACUGAAAAACUUGUUACAAUCUAAAUAUGCCUGUUACAUUUCUCCCAGAAGACAUUACAAGAUUUAAAGAUCUCUACGUAAAUUGAUAUUUAUAAAAAUGUUUGAAAUGCAGAUAUCUUUAAUAAAGCAGAGAGAUGUUUAAAUCCUGGACUGCCAAGGUAUAGAUGUUGCUUUGUGUUGGAAAUUAAUUUUAAUAUUUUCUUCAUUAAACCCUGGUUUCUAGAACAUCUAGAAAGUAGUAUAUUAUCGUUAAAUUGUAACAUGCUUUAAAAACCCUGUGCAUUUCCUGUUAAUUGUAUGUAAAAUAUUGUUUAUAUGUGUGUAUUUGUAUAUGACCUCUUGAUACAUUAAACUAAAAGCUCUUCUUUUUAAUAGUAGUUGUAACUAAUGGUCUGUUAUUGAACAUAAUUGUAUUUUUGACUUCUGAAUUGUGACACUGUGUGUGUGUGUGUGUGUGUGUGUUCACUUAGCAUUGAGUUGUAUUAAAAUGGCAAUAACAAUUUUUUUUACACAUGCCCCCAAAUUUGUUUAAUACUAAAUUGACCAGUGUCAAUUCACCUAGUAAAUAAAUCCCAUGACUUUAUAUUUAAUUAUCAGGGAUGAUACUCUGGAUAUUUAUAUUGAUGUUGGUAUGACCUAACCUUUCAUUAUACAUACUUUACUGCUGUAUAUACUACAGGGGGAAAAAAUAUAUAUUCUUCCGAACAAGAAUAUAUAUUUGAUUCUGAAAUUAUACACAGUGGAUCAGCACAUUAGAGCACAGAAAAAUAAUAAAAACAGCCCACCUAAAAUGGGGGAAAAAAGGAUUAUCAUAAUAUGAUUAACCUCUGUGUCACACGUGUUGUGGUGUAACCAAAAAUAAGCCAUAUAUAAUUACAUGCAAUGAUUACUCUCCAUAUAUUUUGAUUCUCCAGGAAUUGUGUUGAUUUUACAUAAGGUCAGUGUACAGACUGUGAGAUUUGGCAGUAAUUAAUAGUCUUUUUGUGGGAUUUCAUAAGUGAGGUGUCUGUUGUAGAGAAGAGUCUUUAAAUAGGAACUGUCUUUUGAAUGCAUUGAGAUUUUGGUAAAAUUCUAAUGCAGUGGAAAGGGGUGAAAUAAUUUAAAAAAUAAUUUUUUAUAUAUAUAUAUAUAUAUAUGUAUAUGUAUAUGUGAACGCUUGGCACUCACCUCCAAAAAAAUAUAAAUUUUUAACUCACAUGCCUGGGUGCAAAUUGUUGGCGUCAAAUAUAUAAACAAAAAUAAAAAUCAAAAUGCACUCACAGGUCUUCUGGUUAAUAGGAAAACUGGUGCUUUAAUAAAUCAUCUGUGAUGUACAAAAAAAAAAAUCAAUCGACGUUUCGACCCUGCCGGGUCUUUUUCAAAAAGACCCGGCAGGGUCGAAACGUCGAUUGAUUUUUUUUUUUGUACAUCACAGAUGAUUUAUUAAAGCACCAGUUUUCCUAUUAACCAGAAGACCUGUGAGUGCAUUUUUAUUUUUAUUUUUUUUUAUUUUUGUCACACACACACACACACACACACUGCGGCCUCGGUUUACAAACGCCUCGGUUAACAUAAUUUUCGGUUUACAAAUGAAAAUCCAUCAAAAAUAAUGUCUCGGUUUACAAUUUUUUUUUUCAUAAUACAAAGCAAGUUUCCCCAGGAUGCAUUGCACCUGGGAGGUUUAUAGCACCGCCCUCUGCAUGCUGGAGCCUGUGGGUAGAACGUGGCGUCGACUGUGGAUGUAUUGGAGUGGCUUUUGCAUCGAGUUUGGGAGCCAUUCAUUAAAUUUUUGCAGUUGUUUUGGGACUUUUUAGUGCAUUUCUCAAGCUGUAGGAAGGGAGCUGAGCUUCGUUGUUUGCAUGCCUUUUAUUGUGUGUUCUGCAUUGUGGGUUGGUUUCCAUGCCAGCUCAUUUUGACUUUCUUCUGACCUCCAGAACAGAUUAAUUGGUUUCCAAUGCAUUCCUAUGGGAAACAGCGUUUCGGUUUACAAAUUUUAUUGCAAUAAGUGUGUGUAUGUAUGUGUGUGUGUGUGUGUGUGUGUAUAUAUUUAUAUAUAUACACACACACACACACACACACACACACACACACACACAGUAUCUUUUCCUGAGUUUCAAAGCUGUUGUAUACAGCAAAUACCGACUCAAAGGAAUGCAUGUUUAAAAUGGAAUGAGGCAAAAAUGUGAUUCUUUGUUAAACUAAUUUGCAUAUGCCCACCCUCCUUCCUUUUGCGGUGGUAACAUCACUGCAAAUUUGUGAUUUCUGUAGGAAAAGCAAUAUGGCUUGACUGAUGUGCAGAUUUUUGUUUAACAAUGAUAUAUACUUAUUGUACCCAUAUAUUUUUAUUAUAAACAUUAAAAACACUCACAGGAGUAGUUGGACGGAAGGACCCCGAUGUGAAAGUCUGCCGUUCACUGUGUAAUUCGUUCCUCAGCCUAGCAGAUGGGGAUAGAACGAUUUGGUGUGCGUUCCACUUUGUUCACCUGCAGUCCAAGAUUUAGAUCACUCCCAGUUUCAAAUAGAUUCUGCAUUCCUAAUGUUCCUAUUUUGUAAAGCAGUACUGAGCAUAUUCCAUAAAACUCCACACAGCAGGACAUCAUAGGCAUAGGAGAUUGUACAACUUCUUUAAAGCCCUUAUGUGCAGCUUUCCAGGCUAUUAUAGCUAUAUGUGACGAUACAGUUUGCUGAUGUAUAAUUAAGCAAAAAGAAAAUUGAUGCAGUUUGGGGUGGCCAGAAUGGGUUGGCUUAACUUUUUUUUUUUUUUUUCUUCUAUUUUAGUGGAACCAAAAAAAAAAAAAAAAAAUUUAAAUUCACCUUCCUAGCUUGAACUAACUGUUAGCUGAUGGAGCUGUCAUUUAUAUCCUUUUGUCCUUUUUAUAUAUUACAGAAGUUUUACUGAUAAAGUGUGUAGGGAGUUUUUUCUAUUUAGUAGGAAACCAUAUAGUUUGUCUGUAUGUAACUUUCAAGCAUAAUGUCCCUCUAAAAAAAGUUUAAUUAGAAACACCUACUUUAAUAUUUAAAAUGGCUAUUGCACAUUUCAAAAGUCUUCUUAAUAUUUGAUGAGUACUCUUGUUUCUAAAGAAUAGUAAAUAGCACUUGUAUAGAAUACAACCAAAUAAAUGUAUUGUAUUCAUUUUAUCUUUGUGUCUAACCUUUGCUAGACUGAUAAACCGGUGGUUAAGAAGACAUGGUAGUUUUAUAUUGUGAUGAGAGCAAUCUCGCCACAUUGCAUUGGAGAAGCCUGGUUGCCCGCCUGCUGCCUUUAGACUAUGGCCCCAUGUUGAAACGCUUGUUUUUCCUCUGCGGAGACACGAAAGCGGGUCAUUCGGUGCUGGCCCUGUUUGAGCGGUGAUACCCCAGAUAGCUAUGCCAUGGAGCCCAUUCGUAUAAUGAAAGACUAUGGGAAAGACUUUGGCUCCAUGGCAAUUGAACUGUAUGUGUGUGCUCUGAGCGCCAUUCUGUAAUAAUGUGCGCUCAGAUCUGAGCUAUCUGGGGAUAUGUUGAAUGUACCUGUUUUGUGCAAUGGCUGAACAGUUAUAUAUUUUUAUGUGUUUUAUUGUCUUUUGCUGCCAUGUGUUCAAUGGAGUUUUGCCUCUGUUUUUGGAGAUAAUUGGAUUACUUCCCAAUUAUCUCCAGGAUAUAAGACUCUAUGGAACUGGUUUUGGGCAGAAAAGCCAUGCUUCAUUUGGUCAUAAAGGACUACGAUCUAUCUUUUGAACCACUGGACCAAUUUGGAUGAUUUUGACAUAUGUUUGUAUUUGGAGUAUGCUGAUUCUGAAAAUGUAUACUUUUCAAGUUAUGAAUAAUGUGGAAAAAUUGUAUUUCUCUGCUUGUUAUAAUUACAUUACCCAUUGUGUAAGGUAAUUGUAUCACAGGCAGAGGGGAGGAUUUUGUGUGGGAGUGUCUGAGUGUAUUGUAUGUGUUUAUUGGUUGUGUUCCAAAACCCUGUGGGUGGUACUAAUGUGUGUAUAUAAGAACAAUAAACCCACAGCUCUGUCUGUUCACUGCUUAACCCUCAACACGGAGCUUUGUCUCGUUCUUGGGGGGAUUUAUUGUAUGCUGUUCCAGUUCGACUGCUUGGAGUGUAAACCUAUUCGUAUGGUUUUUCCUAUUCGGCUGUUUACAGCAUUCAUAUGGUUUCCUGUUCGGCGGAUUGGUGUUCUGCAGUAGCUGUGCCUGUGUCUCUGGAAGGGAAGAUCUACUAAAUGGCGGUUUAACCCUUUUAUGCCUGGGGGUGCCGUAACAUAUAUGAUCUAAUUUUAUUUAUUCUUUUUAAUUUUCAUAUAUUAAGCAUGUAGUUCUAUUUGGGGAAGUCUUAUGAAGAAUUAAACGACCGCUAACGUCACCAAGACCACUUAAUCUCAAUACAGUGUUCUGGGUGCGGUGGGCCUGCCAUUUUUAACUCUCCAACAUAAAACAUUGUAGAAUUUGCAGUGUAAUACCUAUCAUACAACCACUGGAGGCGCUUCUGCAACACUGACAAAGUAAAACUGUCACAUGAGUUUACAGCUCAUAGAAAAGCAUUGAAUCCAUUGCAGAGGAAGUCUUGGUGCUGGGGUGAUGGUAAGUAAAAAUCUGCAGGUAGAUCACAAUAGCAAUAAAAAUACAGGUUUGUGUUCCUUUCAUAGAACACUCUAGCCUCGCCUCCAUGGCUAAGAUCAUAAAUCCAUGGUUUGUUUGUUUGACCCCCUUAAAUAUGCUUAUUUCACAGAGGUCUCCUAGUAAGCAUAUAACCAACCUCUGUAAUGCCAAAUCCAUCCACCAGGAAAAUGCCAAAGGCACUUGACCUUCCAGGCUAGUUAACACUGGGGAUUGACCGCAACUUAGUUGGUAAAUUGAGUAUUAGCAUCUAUUCAAAUUACUGGAAGAAUCUGAUUGUUAAAAAAAAUAAAAAAUGUAAUGUUUAACCUCUUCAGGACCGUCCUCUGCAUUUUUGCGUUGCCGACAGAGGGUCCUAACUUGUCCUAACGGAAAACGGGCGGCGGGAGCGAUUGGAGAUCACUUCCGCCGAAAUCCCGUUGUUACUAUCUGCCCGGCAUCCCAGGCAGAUAGUAACAGCCAAUUGCGGCAUGUGAGCGAUCCGCGAUCGCUCACAAUUGGCUGGUGUCAAAGUGGGUGUUACAAACACUCACUUUGAAACUGAUCUCUGCCUCUCUCCCCUCUGUAGCGUUUUGUGAGGCGAGAGAGACAGAGAUUGUGAUAUAUUGUUGCAGCAGAAGUGUUCCAGAGUUUUCAGUAUGAAUAAAAAAGUAUCAGCAGUGAAUAAAAAUCCCCUUUUAACCCUUUCCCUGACAGAUGUUACAGACAGUGCAUUUGUACUGUCUGUAUUUUUUUUUUUUUUUGCCCUUAAGGGUUAACUUUAUUUUUAAAAUCUGUGUCUUAGUUUGUCAGUUUCCUUCCCCCAGAUCUCCUUUAGAUUCUUCUAACAGGAGUUAGUUUAGGAAUUACUGUUUUAGUCUGUUUUAGUAAAAAAUAAAAUAAAAAAAUGUGUGUGUGUGUGUGUGUGUGUGUAUAUAUGUAAUAUAUAUAUUUAGAUUGUGUGUGUGUGUGUGUGUGUGUGUAUAUGUAUGUAUGUGUGUGUAUAUAUAUAUAUAUGUGUGUGUGUGUGUGUAUGUAUGCAUUUUGAUUUUUAUUUUUGUGUGUAUAUAUAUAUAUAUAUAUAUAUAUAUAUAUAUAUAUAUAUUAAUUCAUUCCAAUAAAUGGAUAGCACUCCAGGGUCUUUCAGAUGAAAAUAAAAUGUGACUUUUAAUUCAUGUUAAAAAUAAAAAAAUACAUCGUUUUGGCUCUCCUCUGGAGCUUUCUUCAGGAGAGGAGAGCCGAAACGUUGAUGUAUUUUUUUUAUUUUUAACAUUAAUUAAAAGUUAAAUUUUAUUUUCUUCUGAAAGACCCUGGAGUGCUAUCCAUUUAUUGGAAUAUCUACAUAAUUGUGUUGAAUCAGCACUGGGCAAUAUUAGUAUCGCAAGCAUUUUUGGAUUUUGAGAGAUAUAUUAGGAUACCAUCUGGAAGGAGAUUGCUACCCAAUUUAUUGAUACCAAUCCAGAUAGCAAUGCAGUCAGGGAGGAGCGUGUUUGGCAUCCCACAGAUGUCGCUGAAAUUAAAAAAUUCUGGGCUCUUACAAUUCUCAUGGGGAUUAUAAAGAAGCCAUCAAUUCGCUCUUACUGGAGCACCAACCCAAUCUGUUCUAGUCCAGUGUAAUCCCAACCAUGUCUAGAACAAGAUAUGAGCUGCUGCUGAGAUACUUACAUUUCAAUGACAAUACCCUCUGUCACCCCAGAGAUCACACCCAAUAUGAUAGGCUUCAUAAAAUACGCCCACUGGUAGACCAUCUUCAGCACAAAUUUACUGAAGUUUAUACUCCUCAAAGAAAAUGUAUCUAUUGAUGAAUCGUUAAUGAAAUAUAAAGGGAAAUUCGGAUUCAAACAAUACAUCCCCUAAAAGUGCUUUAGGUAUGGCGUAAAAUUCUACAAACCGUGCGAGAGUGAAAGUGGCUAUACAUUUGCCUUUCGUGUAUAUGAGGGGAAAGAUGGUCAACUGGACCCUCCUGGCUGUCCUGACUCUUUGGGGACAAGCGGGAAACUUGUUUGGGACCUACUGAUCCCCUUGUUCAAUAAAGGUUACCACCUUUAUGUGGACAAUUUUUAUAGCAUUGUCUGUUUGUUUCAAACUCUUUAGGGUUUCUAGAUACUGGCCUGUGGCACUGUGAGAAUAAAUGCAAAGGAUUUCCCCAGACCUUUUCUGGAGGCCAAAUUAAAAAAAAAAAAAAAGUGAAUGUAAAGGUCUGCACAAAGCUAAAGUGCUUGCAAUAAAAUUUAAGGACAGGAAGGAUGUUAAUAUACUAACCACCAUCCAUGACGAAAGCAUGUCAGACGUCACUGUCCGAGGCAGAGUACAGACCAAACCUGUUUGCAACAGGGCUUAUAAAAUGCACAUGGGGGUGUUGAUUUGGCUGAUCAGCUGAUGCAACCAUAUCUUAUCUUAAGAGACAAAAGCCUGGUAUAAAAAGGUGGCUAUCUACCUGAUGCAAGUAGCAACACAUAAUUCAUUUUUUUUAAUUCAGAAAGAACCACCUUUCUCCAAUUUUAGUUCAAGCUGAUUUCCACAACAAUUUAUGGAGAUGGUCAAGUUCCAACAACUGUGCCAGAGGAGUACAGACAUUUUAUUUUUAAGAUACCAUCAACUACAAAAAAAAACAAAUCCCCUGAAACGUGGCCGGGUCUGUUUAUAAAAAAGGGAAAAGGACAGACACCCCUCUGCACUGUGUGGUGGUUUUUUUUUUUUUUUUUUGUGAAAGCAGCCAAUUUUAGUUAGUCAGUUUGCUUUCCCCAAAUCUCCAGUUAGAUUCUUUUUGCAGGAGUUAGUUUAGAGAAAGCUGCUAAAGGUGCAUGUGAUACCUGCACAUUUGGUUAAAAAAGUUUUUUAUGGUAGUAACAUAUAACUGGCUGGCCAAAACCAGAUGACGUGUGCAUAAAAAGCAGAAUUCAAAAAUUACCACCAUGCGCGUUCUCUGAAAUAUUUGUUUAGCAGAAUGGUUGGGGGAAGGAUUUGAAAACACCCCAUAUACAAUACCCUGGAAUGUCUACUUUAUAAAAAUAUAAACUUUCAUGAUGUUAACAUUAAUUGGGGGAGGCAAGAAUAUGCCAAACUGAAGAUAGGCCAAGCAUACCUAUAUAUCAAGUUGAAAAACUGUAUGUACAAGUCUCGAUUGUGGCCUUUUAGCCCCCAAACAACCCAGCAAACCAAUGCAUGGGUGAGAUCACUGUACUCAGGAGAUGUUGCUGAACACAUAUUGGGGUGUUGUUUGGCAGUGAUACAUAAAAGGAUCUGUUAAUUCAUGCCUAAAGUACUACCCAAAAGUUUGCCAAAGGCUGGUGGUAGAAUUAUUGCAUGAAAAGUGUUAAACUACCACCAUUUAAAAAAACCCUGAGUUGCCUAAUUUUCUAAAAUAUAUGGUUUGAUGGGGGUAAAAUACAUUGGCCCAAAUAGGACGGGGGCGCAGGUUUACUACAUGUCAAAAUUCCAAGUUGGAAAAUGGAUAUGUGCACCUGCCAAAUGUGGCCUUUUAGCUCCCAAACAACCCGACAAGCCUAUGCGUGGGUGGUAUCCCUGUACUCAGAAGUUGUUGCUGAACAUAUAUUAGUGUUUUUUUUUUGUUUUUUUUUAUCUUUGACAAUUUUUAUUGAAGUUUUAUUAGUGUGUUUUUUGGCAGCAACACAUAACAGGAUCUUUAAGUUUAUACCUGAAUUGCAAUGUAUGUGACAAAACAACAAAAAACUACCUAAGCAAAGUUUGGCAAAGACUAGUGGGAAAAUGGCUGCAUAGAAAGCGUCAAAAUAUCCUUCGAUGAAUACCCUGGGUUGUCUACUUUAAAAAAAAAUAUAUAUAUACAUGUGGAGUGUUUUCCAGAGAUUUAGGACAGAUAAUAGUGUUACAAUGUCACUAUUGAUAAAUUUUAAAAAUGGAUGUUUUGAAACCACAAUAUGCUACUUGUACUUAUAGCCCUAUAACUUGCAAAAAAAAAAAAAGCAUGUAAACACUGGGUAUUUUUAAACUCAGGACAACAUUUCAAAUCUAUUUAGCCGUUUUUUUUCAUUAGCUUUUGUAGAUGAGUAAGAUUUUUCAAGUAAAAGUCAAAAAGUCAGGUAUUUGUUUUCAAUUUUGCAUCUUUUUUUUUUUUUUUUUUAAAUUAAAUUACAUGAGAUUACAUAAAUAAUGGUGUGUAAAGAUAGCCCUUUUUGUCCUGGAAAAAAAAAAUAUAAUUUGUAUGGGAACAGUAAAUGAGAGAGCGGAAAAUUACAGCUAAACACAAACACCACAAAAGUGUAAAAAGAGGCCUGGUCGCAAAUGUACAACAUCGCAAAAACAGUCCAGUCCUUAAGGGGUUAAAUAUUGAUUUGUUUACCAACAUUUCUUCCAGUUCAGGGAAAAUUUCCUCAGUGUAGCCCAGUUCUUCUCUGGUGAAGUCAUCAAGACUAACUAAUUUUGUCCAGUCAGAUGUCCAUAAAGAAGCAUUGAUGAAGUGGUGUUUCCAUGUCCCUGUUUUAACCCUGCAAGUGAAAGUCGAGACAAUGUUUAAAAGCCUCUAGUUGUGGUUGUCACUCUGACAGCUGCUGGAGGCACCUCCUUCCAAAUAGAUGAGUGAAACUCUUUCUAUCAGAGUUUAGCAGUGUCUCUAUUUGGACGUGCAUGCUCACUAGUCUCCCAAUGCUUUACUAUGGGAAAGCAUAGACAAGUAAAAUAGCUUUAUUUUGUAGAAACUGGUGGGGGCAUUCGCAUAACUGGUUAGAACGUCACUAUAUCAUUAGAAAUACAUGUUUUUGUAUUUCUAACGCUGUAGUGUCCCUUAUAAUAGGGAGGGGAAUAACACUAUCUUUCAAGUAACAUCUCUUCUUCCUUUUUUUCCUUUUAUGUAAAUGAAUGAGGCAGUUUUGACAGAUAAGUGUUGACCAGUUCAACCUCACUUUAAACAUGUCAGUCAAUUGUAAGCAUUUUUGUUCAGAUCACAGAACCAAUGCCAUUGAUGAACUAAAAAAAAGCUAGCAUUGUGACUAGAUUUAUAUUCGUAUAAUGUGACUAAUAAUUAAGAAAAUAGAACAUUUAUAUGAACCUGUGAUACUAAUUAACUGUGUCAGUUAACAUGUGGUGGCCAGGGCAGACAGCCUAGGAGAAGAUUAGCUGAGAUUACUCAUGUUGUGGUUUUAAUCUUAACCUAGUUCCUGAUGGCAAAGCAUAUUUUCCAAUGCUUUCCACCUUUCCCUUCUACAUUAUCUGAGAAUACAAGGGAAAGUACAGGUUUUUUAUUUUUGGGGGGGUUUUUUAUUUCUCUUCAUGACUCGGACCAAUCUUUCAUAUCUCAGCUAAGUGGAAUGGAUUGUUUAUUGGAACAUUUACACAUUCCUGGCCUUAAAACUAUUGUUUAGCUUUCCGUGAUGAGACGGUCCAUCAUGUCAUUUUGCUUAGGUUGUGGAAAAGCUCCAAGGUAGCGAUUAUACGGUUAUUUUUAUGUUUUGUGUGAUAGAAUAUUUUAACCUGAUGUACCGGUAUAUUUGUUACCUGGAGUUCAGCAUAAGUGUCUAAGUUCAUAUUUUUGAUAAAUGUUGGUUUUCUAACAUCUGUUACUACUGGUGCAUAGAUUAUGAAACCCUUUUUAUUAGUGUCUUCUAGGUCCUGUCUAUGUGAAUUUUAUACAUGGGAUCUAUUCACCAACUUUUAAGUGUGUGUGUAUAUAUAUAUAUAUCUAUAUCUCAUGCAGUUUUAUGAUUUUUGUAAAGAAUAAGAGCAGGCCUACAGGAAUAAAAACAGCUGGUUAUUUGUACAUAAUAUAAAUUCAUAUACAUGAUGCAUUGUCUCUCCUCAUGUUAAUAAUUUUUCCUUUUUCUUCAUUGUAAUUGUAGAAUAGGUGUACACCUUUAAAUAGUAUGACUAUUGCUUGAUACUGUGUGUGUAUAGUGUGUGUGUGUAUAUAUAUAGUGUGUGUAUAUAUAUGUAUAUGUGUGUGGGUGGGGGUUGUGUGUGUGUGUGUGUGUGUGUGUAUAUAUAUAUAUAUAUAUAUAUAUAUAUAUAUAUGUAUUUUAAGAAAAUGCAACUUUAUGAUUUUUGUAAAGAAUAAGAGCAGGCCUACAGGAAUAAAAACAGCUGGUUAUUUGUACACAAGAAACAGGAAUUGCUUGUAUUCUUGUAAAGGAAAACAAACAGUUAUUGUUUAUAUACAUGGUCUCUCCUCAUAUGUUAAUUUUCCUUUUUCUUCAUUGUAAUUGUAGUAUAGGUGAACACCUUUUUAAACGUUAUGACUAUUGCUUAAUUGUGUGUGUGUGUGUGUGUGUGUGUGUGUGUGUGUGUGUGUGUGUGUAUAUAUAUAUAUAAUAUAUAUAUAUAUAUAUUAAUUAUACACAUACAUACAGGCUAAUAUGUAUUAGCCUGUCACUGGGAUUUUGCUCAGUGGUUAAAGUGCAGUCAUGGGAAGGAAGGUGUUCUCAAAGUGGCCCGGUCUGUUGCAGAACACCACACAAAGGCACAUGGGUAAAGUGAUGAUGAUUUCACCUAAAUUUUGUGUAUCAUUAGGAAGUGCCUAACCUGUGCAAUGAAUGGCUUGUUUGGUUUGUUCAGCAAUCAGGCAUAGCAACAGAAACUCAUUAACUUCAUUAUUUCUAUAUACAAGUACUGGCCAGACUUGAUGUGUCAAAUAAGCUUGUUUUUGUUAUCACAUUACUUCAGUGUGACAUAUCAUCACUGGUGGGAACAUUAUUAAAUACAAAUUUCUGUUUAAUAAAUGUUUGAAAUGUGAAUGUUCCAGAUUUGUUUUUAUACAGAAUUUCAAAAUGUUAUGUGACCUCUUCUGACUCUCUGCUCCAUGUUUUGCAAUGUUGAUACUGUUGUUUAUUAUUCAUGCAUUGAGAACUUUGCAAGUGAGAUCCAUGCUGUUUCAUAGUUGAGACCUCAUUAAUCAUUUAGAUUGCUUGACAAAUGUAGCACUAUGGUGUUUUAAUCCAGUAAGCAGUGAAUUAUUUGACUGCAUUGCACAUAGGAUGUUACCUGUUGCAAAUCAUUCUGUAAUUUAUUACUUCAAACUGUAAAUCUGCAAAUUUAAGCGCAGUCUAAUAAAAGUUAAAUCUUUGUUUUAAGAAUGGAAGCAUCGUGUCUGGAGCUGGCAUUAGAAGGUGAGCGUCUGUGCAAAGCUGGAGACUGUCGUGCCGGAGUAUCUUUCUUUGAAGCAGCUGUUCAGGUCGGAACAGAAGAUCUGAAAACCCUUAGCGCUAUAUACAGCCAGCUAGGCAAUGCGUAUUUCUACCUCCAUGAGUACAAUAAAGCUUUGGAGUACCACCAUCAUGACCUGACUUUAGCAAGGUAAUUUUGGGCCGUAGCAGAAAAAUUGUGCCAUUCUGCUCUGAUUGGUGGUGGGAUGCAUUCUUAGAAAUGUAGAAAAUUAGACGUUGUCUUCUAACCAAAAGGUUGUCCAAUAUAAGGCAAACAUAACAUAAGUUUGUUAGACUUUAAACCACCAAGGGUGGCCUUGCUUGUUUAGAUUAGUAGCACUACAAGACCCUGCGGUUAACUGUGAGACUGCCAAUUUUUAAUUGGAACCUUGAACAGAUUGCUUUGACUGCCUGGAUCACUUAGUCCUUAGGGGUUAAGGACUCUUAACUCCUUAAGGACUAAUGGAAUUAAAGCUUGUUUGGAGUUCCCCAGUUUUAUGAGUUGGCUACUGCAUUAUUAAAAUAUUUUUUUUCCAUUCUGUGACAUUUGCUGUUCUAAUAUACAGGACUCAAAAAAUAGCUCUUUUUGCUAAUUGGCUGCAUAGUUGAAGACAUUGAGUAAAGGGUAAAAUUUUUUUACUUUUUUUACACUGAGAGUUGGUCUCUUGCGGAAUCAUAUACGAUUUUUGAAGCUAGUGUGUCCCUGAACCUGGUUUGCAUUAUUUGCUGUGAUACAUUAUGCUGUCACGCUUAAGAAAAGCCCUUACAGGAGCUGAUAGUUGUAGGUGGGUUCUUAAUAAGAGUGGUGUUUUGGAAAUUUGACUGCAGGAUCUUUUUUAUUUUUUUUUUUAUUUUUUUUUUUAACCUGUCUCUGCCCUAGUCUACAGUCAGGAAAUCCUAAAAUAAAAAAGUAGUUAAAUUCUGACUGAACCACGAUUUUAUUAUUAUUCAACAUUGUCUUGGAUUGUUCAACUCGUUACAACCUGGGAACCAAAAGAUUAAUUAAAAUGUAAAUACUCUACUGAGACGUCAAGAUAUUGAGUUAUUGGAUGCAAAAUACUGUUUUAUUCGAGUAUAAAUGGAUCUGCCUGAUCUUAGAAACCAUUUGAUCCAACUGUGUUCAGAAUAGGAUCUAGAAAACCUGCGUUGUAUGCAGUAGUUUUCUAGAAUUUCAAUUAGUUUAAUCUCACAGAUAUUACAUUUUUGUUUUGCAGGACUAUUGGAGAUAGGCUAGGAGAAGCUAAAGCUAGUGGCAAUCUUGGCAAUACUCUAAAGGUUUUGGGUAAUUUUGACGAAGCAGUUGUUUGUUGUGAACGUCAUUUGGAAAUUUCACUGGAACUAUAUGAUAAGGUAAGUGGUCAAAAUAUAUUGGGUUCUUCAAAAGAAUGUAUUUCAAGAUGUGGUAAAUGUAACUGUAACUGUAAAUGGCAUCCCAAGUUAUGUGCUUUUGAAAAUAUUAACUCCCCAAUUACAGUAAUAUUUAAUAUAUUGAUAAUACCAGAUUGUACUCAUCACUUGAGAGGUGGGUAUUUAAUUGUACCAUGCAGGCAGUAGCAGUUGGUGGUGAACACAAUUUGAAACAAAAUUACAGGAUGUGAUUAUAAAACUACAAUGUAAUUUAUCUUCACUGUAUUUUAGGUUGGUGAGGCUAGAGCUCUUUACAACCUUGGGAAUGUGUACCAUUCAAAGGGAAAGAGUCUGGCCUGCACUGGGACUCGGGAUCCAGGGGAGUUCCCAGAAGAGGUGAAAACUGCUUUACAGAAAGCUGUAGAUUAUUAUGAGUAAGUUUAACCUUUUACGGAGUAAAUAAUUAUCACUGUUCUCAUAAAAUAAAUUAGACCUGUUAUUAGGUAAAUUGAGGGUGCUCUUGCUUAUGCUUUUUUUUUUUUUCCUUUUAAUCAGUUCAGCAUUACUCACAGACUGUUUUAUUGAGAAUCCACAUGGUUUUUAGAUUGUUCUUAUUCAUAUUCACUUGCUGCCUUUGUAAAUAAUGUUGUGUUGAUUUUACUUUUUAAAAGCAAACUUUAAGCACCAAUUACUUAGUUUAUUGAAGAAGCUUUGGUACAGAGGUCUUGUCCCUGCAGUUUUACUGCUCAAUUCUCUUCUAUUUAGGAGUUGAAUCGCUUUGUUUAUACAGCUCUAGUCACAACUUAUUUUAUUUAUUUUUAAAUUCUUUAUUUUUGUAGUGCAUAGCGUAAGAUACAAAAGUACUUAAACAUUUCUUAAUAGUAUACACAUCAGAAUAAUGGCAAGGUCAUAUCAGUAAAUGUCUAGAUUACUGCACUUUUUUCUUUUUUAUAAUAGGCAUAAUAUAGUUGUGACAAGGCAAUAAAAAGCAAAAUAUGUAAUCACAUGAGUAUGGACAUAUGUCCACAAGAAUACAGAGAGCUUACUUUGGCCAUAAGUCACAAUAAGGUUAGUCUACACUCAAGAUCUGAAAAUAGGCGAAAAACAAGGGAAAACUUGAACGAGCGUCAAGAAGGACAUAUCAUGGUAUAAUAAUGGGCAUGGCUAACUGGUAGCCAUGAGGCCGCAUCGAUGCAAAGCUUGGCUGGAUAUUUAGGCCCAGGUGGCUAAUCAAUAGAGGAGUUCAGCCUUGAAGCCAAGUUGCCUUGUGAGAUUAAGUAGCCAAGUAGGGUUACUACAUUUAUUUUUGACGUGCAUGAUAGUAACGGGCAUUCUCGCUAUGCCACAAUAGCAAAAGCUAGACAAGUAUUAACAUUACGCCUAACAGUGUAGGCAUAUAGGAAGAACUGCGCACAUUUUUUGGUUUACAAAUCAAGAGGGGUGCAAGUUUAAAACAUAGAUAUAGUAUAAUAGAAAAAUAUCAAGUUUGAUCAACUAGUUGGCACCAAAUAGUUACCACUGGGUCAAUAUAGGAUGUCCUAGCAUGUAGGCAUAAAAACGAAAGACUAAUAUCUAAACAAUACGACUGAAUCUAUUGUACUACAAGCAGUGUGGGAUUCUAUAUCUGCUGUCUCUUAUAGAGACUUUGUUAUAAAAAGGUUGCAAUUGCUACCGUGAGCAUGUUUAUUGACUGGAGGGUGUUGCCUAGGAAAUUAUAUCAACUGACAGAUCGGACAUCAGCUCAAAACAUAACAUAAAAGACAGGCAUUUUCACGUGUCACAUGAACUCAGCUAGGUGGCAGCAGAACAUUCGUUUUCAAUGCUUGCUUCUCAGCCAACUCCUAUGUGUGGCAGGCUUGACAGCUAUUCAAGGAGAUCAUUAUAGAGCCCCUGCUGUGUUGGGCUGGGGGUGUCUCUGUGGUUGCAUUGAGUGUCUUGAUGAAGACACAGGAGAUGUAUAGUCCUUUAAGAGGUAGUUCUGAAUAAGCAAAAUAAUAGAAGUCCACAGGCUCUUGCAAGUCUCACAGGGUCCCAUCUGGGUGGCAGUAGAUCUUCCCUUUCCAGGCUUGUUAAUCCUCCACUAUGAUGCUUGGCAUGCUUAUUAGCUGUUUGGAGAGUGCGCCAGUUAGAUCAGUUUUGUGGCAUGAUUACAUUGCUCCUACCAGGGGUCGCAUGUUGCAGACCAAGGGUCUGGUCCUGCACUCUCCCCGGUGCAAGGAAACUGUGGAAUCGUCGCUGGAUUUGCUUUGCGGUCGCCCGUUGAGGUGGAUGGUGUGAUUGCUCCUCCCAGGCGCUCUAUAAAGCUGAAGCUGUUGGGGAUGAGCCUCUGCUAUCUUGCAAGGUAGGCUGUUAUUGUUCAGUGCCACCUAUUCUCUCCACUUCUCUAGCUCUCCGGUGGGGACCGGAAUAAUGCCACUGGGCGGCGGAGGGGAACGGGACUGGUAAGCAUCUCAUUAAGCCGGUGUCUGGCAGCUGGGAAUGUAGACAGGGCAACGGUCGUCCACCCGCUCCCCUCCCAAGUAGGCCACAGCAUCUGAAGCUCUGUGCUUCACUUGGGGGACUCAAAACUCCAGAUCUCGGGGCCGCUGUCUCUUCCACCGCCGUGUGGAAGUCUCUUGGGCUCUUUUCGAGUACCAGAGCUGCAAAUUGUAGCCUAAGAGGCCAGAUUCCUCAGGAGCCUCUCGUGCAUGCGACCGGUCAGCAUGGCGGUCCCGCCCCGCCGUUAGUCACAAUUUCUGGUUAUUUGUCUCAGCCUCCCUACACAGCCUGAAAAAGAGUUAAUUUUUUUUGUAGCUUUUCUUAUUGCAUAUGUGUUUAUAUUGGAAUUCCUUAUAUCCUGUCUGCUAGAGCCUGCAACAGCCUCUUGUGCAUGAUUAAAGUUGAAUUAAAAAAAGGAGAUAAGAAAAUCUAAUGUAAACACACUGUGCUGUAGGAUCUGAUUUGAAAAUUAAACAGUUUUCUUAAUAGAGGCCAUGUCACAACCAGUGGAUGGCUAUUAUUAUACAUACAGAUGGCAUAGAAUUGAGCAGUGAGACUGCAUGGACAUCCUCUCUGCAUUAGAACUGCUUCAUUAAGCAAAAUGUAUUUUGGUGCUUAAAGCAUCCCAUUAAGUUUACAAAAAUCAAUAAAAUCAAACCGGAAUUUGUAUCUAUAUAAUUAGCUACAGAUAUUGGUGUUUUGUUUUUUUUUUGUUUAUGUUUUUUUUUUUUUUUUUACAGCACUAUGACACAUACUUAUUUUUUUAAACUUUUUUUUUUUUCUUUCCCCUAACAUUUUUAUUGAGAAUACUAGGCUACAGAACAAUGAUUGUGUGUCAGGUUGAACAUAAAUUUUAAAUCACAUUGAUAGUUUCUACAAUACAGGCAUGCACCUAGUAUCAGCUUGGGUUAAGGUUUAGGAUUGCCCACAAUGGUUCAAAACAUAAAUCCUAGUGUGAUUUCUUAAAGGGACACUAGUCUUGGUCUAGUCUUUUGUCACCAGAACUACAACUUAAUGUAGUGGUUCUGGUGUGUUUAGUAUGUCUGCAGGGCUUUUUCCCUACUUUUUCAUUUUAUUCUUUUCUUUUUUUGCUAUUUUUUUUUUGUUUUGUUUUUUCCUUUUGUGAUCUUUUUUUAUUUUCGUGGAGAAUAAAUACAUUUAUCGUUAAGCAUCUAUUAUUUGUGAGUGUGGUAUUAUUCUUUAGCUUUGUAUAUAAUUAGGGGUAUCUUUUAGAGUGUAUGCCCCAAUGAGGGUGCCAGUACCGCAUUUUUUUGUUUUUGUUUUUAUUUUUACUCUUUUUUUAAAAAAAAAUUUCCACAGGGCAAACUUAUUAAUUGUAACCGAUCUGGGCGACCGAGCAGCUCAAGGGCGUGCUUAUGGAAACCUUGGAAACACGCACUACUUACUUGGAAACUUCAGAAAGGCUGUCAUGUCUCAUGAGCAGGUAUGUUCAUCAUUUGAAAAAAAUGUCUAAUGCAUUUAACAUGUUGGAUUCAUCAAAUUACAAGCUCUCGUGCUGGAACAUUCAAGCCAGUUAGAAUGAAAAGAUUACAAAAUAAAAUAUGCAUAAUUUUAAGAUUGUUUCAACUAGGUUUUAACCAGCAGUUCUUACUCUUUAGUCGCAUUUCAAAUAUUUAGCAUAUAUAUUUACAUAGCUGAAAAGAGACUUAUGUCCCUCAAGUUCCGCCUUCUUCAGAUAUGUUUUUACUGUCGAUCCAAAAGAAGGCAAAAAACCUAGUCUGAAGAGCUUCCAAUUUUGCAACAAACUAGGAAAAAAUUCCUUCUUGACCCCAAAAUGGCAGUUCGAUAUCUCUUUGGAUCAAGCAGCUAUUACCCCACUAAUUAGAAAUUUUAUCCCUGGAUGUUAUGUUUUUGUAAGUAUUUAUCCAAUUGCUGUUUAAACAUCUGCAUGGACUCUGAUAAAACCUCUUCGGGCGGAGAAUUCCAUAUCCUUAUAGUUCUUACUGUUAAAAAACCUUUCCUUUGCCUUAGAUGAAAUCUCCUUUCUUCCAGCCUAAAUAGAUGACCUUGUGUCCUAUGUAUAGCCCUGUUUAUGAAUCGAUAAACCAGAUAAUGGUUUGUACUGGCCCCGAAUAUAUUUGUAUAAUGUUAUCAUAUACCCUCUGAGGCGCCGUUUUUCCAAACUAAAGAGAUUAAAAUUUUGUAACCUUUCUUUGUAACUGAAGUGCUCCAUUCCUUUUAUCAAUUUUGUAUGAUCAUAUAAACAAGUGUAAAGAGAAUAAAAAAACUCUCGCCAUAUGAAAAAGAAAUGCGUUUGCUAGAUGUUAUUACACUUAAAUAUUAGGCUUGUUGGUAAUUUUAUGUUCUACCUAUACUAUAUAACUUAAAUACAAAUAAAGAGUAUCAAGUAUACUUGCAUCAAAUGAACAUAAACAUUAUCUACAAGUCUCAUACAUACAUACAUACAUACAUACAUACAUACAUACAUACAUACAUACAGGUAGCAUUAUUGGCUCACAAAUAGAAUUAAUUUAUUUUUUAUUAUUUACAGCGCCUUCUAAUUGCCAGAGAGUUUGGUGACAGAUCGGCAGAAAGAAGGGCUUAUAGCAACUUGGGAAAUGCGUUUAUCUUUCUUGGUGAAUUUGAAAUGGCAGCAGAAUAUUAUAAGUAAGAAAUUAUUUUAUUUUAUUUUUCCUUUCACUCCCACUCUUGGAAGCAUUGGAAUUCACAAUCACUAAUAAAGUCAAUAAUCUGAAUUGGAUUCAAUAAUAUAUAAAAUGUUUGUGUUACUGGUGAGAUUUGGUUAUUACUUUAUAGACAGAUUUUAAUUUCAAAAUGGCUGUUUUUUCCUAGACCGCCAUUUUUUGCUUAAUCUGCAGAGCGGGCUUGCUAAUGAAUAUAUUAUGUUUUGAAGGUUAGUGAGAUUUUUCUGCCAAAUAUAGGUCUUUACUAUUUGCUAGUUUUUUUUUUGUUUUUUUUUAGCAUCAAUAGUGUAGUUGUUGAUUCAGUAAACCAUAACCAGUUUGUUUUGAGGUUUUACUGGCCAGUGUCGGUUUGUAGCUGAUGAAUGCAUUUUAUAACUGUAAAGGGUUUUAAUUGCAUUAUAUACAGUGCAGUAAAUAUAAUACACUCUACUUACUAUAAAAAAAACUGGGAUGAAAAUGUUCACUAGUUCACACAUGGCUUUGAUUUGACUUGUGUAGUUCACUAUUGCUUAUCCAUAUAAUAUUUUAAGCUCGCAACAUUUCAAAAAUGUUUUUUUAUUUUAUUUUUUUAUAUACAUACCAAUGUAAACCACUACAUGUAAAAUAACUAGUCAGUGGUUAGACUCUAUCAUUGAGAUUGUAGAAAGAUGCUGAAGAAUAAACAGCUUGUAAUUAAAAGUGUGCUCAAUGGUAUUAAUGAGUGAAAAUAUAUACAACAAGUGGACUUGCCCCUAUUUUCAAUUGGAGUAUGCUCUCAUUAAAGGGACACUAUAGUCACCUGAACAACUUGAGCUUAAUGAAGCAGUUUUGCCCCUGCAGCCUAACUCUGCUCAAUCCUCUGCCAUUCAGGAGUUAAAUCCCUUUGUUUAUGAACCCUAGUCACACCUCCCUGCAUGUGACUUGCACAGCCUUUUAUAAACACUUCCUGUAAAGAGAGCCCUAUUUAGGCUUUCUUUAUUGCAAGUUCUGUUUAAUUAAGAUUUUCUUAUCCCCUGCUAUGUUAAUAGCUUGCAAGAGCGUCCUGUAUGUGAUUAAAGUUCAAUUUAGAUAUUGAGAUACAAUUAUUUAAGGUAAAUUACAUCUGUUUGAAAGUGAAAACAGUUUUUUUUUUUUUUUUUUUUUUUUUUUUUUUUUUUUUUUUUUUUUAUGCGGGCUCUGUCAAUCAUAGCCAGGGGGAGGUGACUUGUGUGACAAAGUGAUUUAACUCCUAAAUGACAGUGAAUUGAGCAGUGAAAUUACAGGGGAAUGAGUGAUACACUAAAACUGCUUUAUUUAGCUAAAGUAAUUUAGGUGACUGUAGUGUUCCUUUAAAUUAAGUAUGAACACCCAUAUAUAAACAAUAAUGUUGCUUAAAUGUGUACUAAAUAGUGCAAUAUUAUGGUUGUGAGGUGAUCCACUCACAUUGUUUUGAGCCUAAAUGGCAUUGGCUUAAAUCGUCUGGAAUUCGGUGCCUUUAAGGUAGCACAAAAUCUUUCUCCUAAAGUAUAGUGUUGCAGAUUCACAAAAGAAAAUGGCAUCUAGUGCAAUAUGUUAUGAUUUAAAUUAUCGCUAAAGUAUUCUGUGUCAAAAACCUGCUCAACUUGUAAAGACCCUCCAUGUUACACUUUUCUAGGUAGAUAUAGCCCUGUGUCAAAUAAGGGGGACCUUCGAAAUAACUGGCACUUUUGGUAAACAUAUAUUUUAAGUUUAUACACAAACUCUUCAGCAAAAGUUUUGGGCUAUAGUGUAAGUUCAGAUUGGUUUGAAGUAAAAAAUGACACACCUCAGACAUGCCCCUUAUCUCCAUUGUUAUUAUAUUCUUUCCAUAGAACCGUUUGCAGAAUAUAUCCGUAAAUCUCAAAUCAUAGAACGUAUAACCGCUGCAGAUAAAGAAAAUAUAGUCUUGCUAUAUGCGGACGAUGUAAUUUUAACACUUAGGCAUCCGGACCAAUCAGUAAAAGCAGUAUUAGAAAUAAUAAAGGAAUAUGGAAUCUAUUCGAAUUAUAAACUUAAAGGGACAUUAUAGUCACCUGAACAACUUCAGCUUAAUGAGGUUCUUUAUCUUGUAAGCAAUGUAUUUUCUGAGAAAAUACAGUGUUUACAUUGGAAGCUUGGAACACCUCUUGUUGCAGUCAGUCAGACAGCCACCAGAGGGACUUCAGAGUUCAGAAGCCCUAAAAAGGCUAUCUGCACACAAAGCACUGUGAACGCGCUUUGUGUGCUGAGUCUGUCAGCACUGCGUGGGAGUGGCUUGAGCUGACAGGCUGAAGACCGAAGAGGAGGAGGGGAGGAUUCACACUGUAAGUAAACUUAUUUAGUGAGUGUGGGUGAGGAUGGAUGAUGGGAGUAGAUGGAUAUGGAUGAUGGGAGUAGAUGGAUGGAUAUGGAUGAUGGGGUGGAGAAAAAGUGUGCGUGUGUAUGUCUAAUUUUUUACUACUUGUGUGUUUGCAUAGAAACACUUUAUAUAGAGAGAUCUCCAUAUAUAGUAUUUCUAUGCAAACACAGUUUGGCUGAUGAGGGGGGGCGGGUAUAGAAAGCGAGCUGAGCUGUCAGACAGCUCAACGCGCAUUCCGUGCACAUGCGCGUUUGAGCGCUGAGUUUCUUCAUAGGGCGGCAUUCAAUGCUGCACAUUUUAUUUUUAAAAUCCCCCCUACUGCGGCAAAGCAGAAUCCCAAAAAAAGAUGCAGGGUUUGUUCUAAGAGGGGGCAGAGAAAAGAUAGUGUAUAUUACUGUCCUGAUUGCCCUGGACAGCCUGGACUCUGCAUUGGCUACUGCUUCAAACGCUACCACACGCUGGUCCAUUUUUAAUUUAUUUUUUAACAUUUGCCGUUCAGUUUUUUUUGGAGGGGGGGGUUGUUACAUUUACCCCGUGCAUUGGGGGCAUGGGUGUCCUAAGGAGAAGCCUUGCAGAAAACCACCCUGGGUGUGUUCUUGCAAUAACCAACAGCGGGCUCGCCUAAAUCACAGUCAAAAAGCAGUGUGCGUGUGUGAAAAUGAGGAUUGAACAGUUACCUCCACACAUGUUCAACUGUUUUAUUUUUUUUUUUUUGGUCUGGCUAAAAAAAAAGUUGCAUCAAAGCACUCCACAUGCAAUACCUCGGGGUGUCUACGUUUCAAAGUGUGUACCCUUUCGUGGCAAUCUAUAAAACUGGGGUAUGUGAUAAGCCCCAGGCUAAAGAUAGGCUUAUCAGAAGAAAUACUCUCAAUUUCAACUCAAAUUGAAAAGUCAUACAAUUGUAACCGUACCUUCCCAAAAUCCUGGCAAGCCUAUGCAUGGGGGGCAUGGGUGUCCUAAGGAGAAGCCUUGCAGAAAACCACCUGGGGUGUUCUUGCAAUAACCAACAGCGGGCUCUCCUAAAUCACAGUCAAAAAGCAGUGUGUCUGUGUAAAAAUGAGGAUUGUACAGUUACCUCCACACACGUUCUUCAACUACUGCAGGGUGUCAACUUUUCAAACAUAUGCACGCUCAUGUCAAGAAAAUACAUUGGGAUAUCUGAUAAGUCCCCCAAAAGGAAGAUAGGCAAGCAAGAUAUGUACAAUUUGAAAAACGCAUAUCAGACAUUUUGUUUUGUACCCCCCAGUGAACCCAACAAACAUAUGCAUGGGUGGUAUCGCUGUACCCGGGAGAUGUUGCCGAGCACAUAUUGGGGUGUCCUUUGGCAGUAACACCUAACAGGAGCUUAGAAUUUAUGCUCAAAGUAGAAUGUGUGGGUGAAAAAGAACAUCACAAAAAUGUUUGACAGAGACUGGUGGUAGAAUUAGUGCAUGUAAAGUGUUGAAAUGCCACCAUGUGAAAUGCCCUAGGGUGUGUACUUUUCCAAAACAUACGGUUUGACGGAGGUGAAUUACAUUGGCUGGCUUCAGAAAUGUUCCAACUGGGACAUGGGGGCAUGAUGGCCAGCUGUGUUUUAUGUUUCAUCAUAUUUCACUUUUUUUAUUCUAGUAAAUCAUAUGAUAUGAUGAAAAUAAUGGUAUCUUUAGAAUGAACAUUUAAUAGCGAGGAAAACGGUAUAUAAUAUGUAUGGGUACAAUAAAUGAGUAAGAGGCAAAUUACAUCUAAACACAGCCACUGCAGAAAAAGAGCCCUGGUCCUUAACGGUAAUACAACUGAAAAAUGGCCUGGUCACUAAGGGGUUAAAGAUCAAAACCAAGACAAUCUAAUACAUAUAGAGGACAAUAACAAAUUAGUUUCUAGAAUAAAUAAAUACAACUUUAUACAAUCUAAAAGGCAAAAGUAAGGUGAAGGGGAUGACAAAAUGGGAAGAAGAUAUAAACGAGGAAUAUUCAUUGGAAAUAUGACACAGUUCAAUAAGAAUGCUUAAAGGAGCAGUAAUCUGCACAAAUAUAUAUGAGACCCAAAUUAAAAAUCUCAAUAGAUGGUAUAAAGUUCCGCAAAUUUUACAUAAAUUUAAUUCUAGCAAUAAUAAAUUCUGCUGGAGGUGUAAUCUAGAAAUAGGAACAUUUCUGUAUAUAUGGUGGAAUUGUAAGCAACUCAAAGACCUAAAAAAAUCAUUAGAAUAAUUAAAGAAGCUCUAAAUAUACAGGUAGAAUUGGAUGUUCAAACUUUUCUUUUCCACCUUGAGCUACCUACAACAGUAAAAUCAGAGAAGUAUUUUAAUGAUACAUAUCAUGAUGGCUGUUAAAGUAUGCUUGGCUCGAUAUUGGAGAAUGGAAGCAGUACCAGGAUGGGGGGAAAUAACCACACAAAUUAAUUAUUAAUUAAUAAUGGAAAAAUAUGCUUUCAAGAAAUUAAAUAACUUGAAAAUAUAUGAAAAAAAUAUGGAAUCCCUGGACAUCUUUUCGAUCAAAACACCUAUCAGAAUUUAGGAACUGGAUAUGAUUCUACUUCCCACUUUUUUUAAAUUUAAUUAUUGCCUCCCUCCUUUCUCUCGACUUCCUCCACCACACCUCGGAGCACUUGAUAAUAACUUUUCUACGUCAUGGAUGUUUAACAUAAUGUUUUUAAUGUUCGGUUACAAGGUGAUCACUCUUGAGACCAGGAAUUCAGGUAUCUCCUUUUUUUUCUAAUUCUCAGUAAUUCACUGUAAUGUACAAGUAACACAAGAAAUUGAAGGUAGAAUGGAAAGGGGAAAGAUCCUGAAUGUUUAGGUCACAAGGUGAACAUUCUUGAUACCGAUAAUUCAAUUAAGUACGGAUAAGACCAAAACGAACCACUGUAUGUUAUUUGUAAAUGGACUAUGUAUUUCUGGAAUAUGUUUGUUUAAAAAUGUGAAAAUAAAAAUUUAUAAUAAAUUAUUUAUUUAUUUUUUAAAUAAGGGUGACAUUGCCCUGGAAUCAGCAUGGUAAUACAGGCAAAAAUAUUUAUUAAUCCAGUAAAUAAUUUUUUACCUGUAUUACCACACUGAUUAAAGAAGGACAUUGUUAACACAGAGCUAUAUCCUACUAGAGCCAGGUAACAUAUACUCUUUACAAGGUAAGCAAGUCUUUGAAGUUUGAACCAAAUCCUUUGAUAAAACCUAACAUAUUGCACUCGAUAUUCUAUUUUCUUUUGGGAAUCUGCUUCACCAUACUUAAGGAGAAAAGCAUGGUGCUGCCUUAAAUGCCCCGAAUCCCAGACAAUUUGAGCCAAUCUCAUUUAGGCUCAAAACAAUGAGUGGAUCAACGCACAACCAUGAUAUUCCACUAUUUAGCAGACCUUUAAAAAUAUAUAUUACUGUGUAUAUUUGUGUUUGUAUUUCAUGUAAUGAGCGCAUUCCCCAAUUGGAAAUAGGGGUAAGUAAACUAAAUUGUUGUAUAGCUCUCCACUUCUCAUUUUUUGAGGGGUUUUUUUUUUUUCCCCCACACAUUAAUACCGUAUUUGCAUUUUUUGUUUUUGGGUCACAAGUGUGUUAGCCGCAAACUUUGAGUUAACACUUAUGAAGCACCUCUUAGAACACUAUGAGCACACUUUUAACACUGUUGGAAAGUUGUGUUAAACACUCACGAUAAAUAAAGUACUUAACACUUAACCACAUAAUUUUGUUGAGGUGUAAAUUGCAGACUGUUACUUAAAGGGACACUAUAGAACCAGAACAACUACAGCUUAUAGUCAGCCCCAGUAGGCCUUUUGCAAUAAAUACAGAUUUUUCAGUGAAAAGGCAGUGUUUACAUUGCUGCCUAGGGACUCAUCCAGUGUCCUCUCCUCCUAUGGCUACUAGAGGUGCUUCCUAGGGCAGUACUGACAUUCAGUGUCUCCAACCACUGCUUGGAGACACUGAACUUUCCUCACAGAGAUGCACUGCCUCAGUGCAUCUCUACACGCAGAUGCUGACUGGCCAGGAUGGCGUUUGGCUCACUUCGACCUGGCCAGCCUCCUUGGCUGAGAUCAUCAGAAUUGACCAUCUCAGCCAGUCCUAUGGGAAAGCAUUGUGAUUGGCUGAGAUCAUAAAUUCUGAUGAUGUCAUCCAAAAAGGCAGAUCAGGGACAGAGUCAACACCAGCAGACUGGAAUAAAUGUAGGAUUUUACUAUAUUUAGGUGGGCCAGGGGAGCUAGAUAGUGUUUUUAAAACUAUAGUGUCAGGAAUACAUGUUUGUGUUUCUGGCUCUAUAGUAUUCCUUUAUUAUAUUCGCUAAUGGGACACUAUAUAGGCACCAAAACAACUUUAACUUAAUGAAGCAGUUUGUGUGUAUAGUUUAUGCCCUCACUGUCUUACGGUGUCAUUCUCUGCCAUUUAGUAGUUAAAUCUGUUUUAUACAGCCCUAGUCACCCCUCCUUGCAUGUGACUUGCAUAGCUUUCCAAAGCUCUUCCUGAAAACCAGACCAGAAAUAUAGAAUAUCUGUUCUAGAAUUCCUUGUCUCCUGCUCUGGAAAUAGCCUCCUGGGUAUGAUUUAAAGUUUAAUUUACAAAUCAGGAGAUACUCUUCUAAUGUAAGCUAGCACUCAUUUGAAAAGAGAACCAUUUUUUUAUGCAGGCUAUUUGAGUCACAUGAUCUAUACUCACAAAACUCCUGUAUUACGCUAACAUUGCUUUGAUGCCUAUAGUAUCUCUUCAAAUAUGCAGCCAGGUUCCUCCACGUGAAACCUUGUUAGCAGAAAGGAUGUCUCCUGGAUUAUUAGGAGCUUUCUUCUUGUUUGUUUAUCUCAAUAUGAAAGUUCUUUCCUCCUCUUAACCGACUAUAUGCAAGUUAACCUGCAAUCUGUUGCUUAUCGUUUAAUCAUUUAAAAGGUUUAAUCUGCAAAUGUUCCAUCAUUUGGGUUGAAUAAGCAUUUUGUGCUAGAGCUUUCUGGUCUUACACCAACGUGUUGAGUCCAGCACUAUUGUAUUUGCUUUAUAAAUCACUGCACAUACAUUAAAAUGCAGCCCUUUUGAACGAAGGUGAGCUAAUGGAUCUGCAUUGCGUUCUUGCAGGCGGACUCUGCAGUUGGCACGGCAGCUGAAGGACAGGGCUGUGGAAGCACAGAGCUGUUACAGCCUGGGAAACACAUACACUCUUCUUCAAGAUUAUGAAAAAGCUAUUGAUUAUCAUCUGAAGCAUCUUGUCAUUGCUCAGGAACUCAGUGACCGGUGAGACUCCAAUUGCACAAUGUGUCCAUCCCUUUACUGUCUCAUUAUGUACUAUACAAUUUUGGGGGGUUUAUAUAAAAAGCAAAUUCUUGUUUAACCUUCAGAUUAAAAAAAAAACUAGAGACUAUCACCUUGGAAAACAAUGAAAUGUCUAGGAUUGCUGCACUUUAUAAAACUAUGGUGUGUGUCAUUAUAACUAACUUGGUUCUUAAUUUUUUGGAGGCGUUGGCUGGCGUUUUUGUAUUGAUGAAGAUUAGGUCAGUGAUGGCAAAUCAUUGUUCUGAAAUUGUCAUUACUGUAAAAGUAUAAUCUCAACAACUGGAAUGCUAAACUGCCAAAAUUGCUAGUGUGAAUUUGUAAAUGCAACAAAUUGUGCUUGUGAUCUGUAUGUCCAUUGAUUUGUUGAAGUUGCAAUGGUCUGACUACCUUCCUGUUACAAUAUAAUAUAUUUUCUUUUCAUUUAUUGCAUAGCCGCACAAUGAGUUCUAUGGCAAGCUAGAAUCUUGAUGACUUGAGGCAUUGACUCUUGUUUUAUUAGAUUUGUCUUGUUUCUCUAAGAAACUUAUGGUUUUUCUCUCUUUGACUGUUUCUUGUGUGCUUUUCUUAUGACCACUUCAUAAUUUUUACUUUCUGUAUUUUUUUUUGAUUGUUACAUUUCUAUAGCUAUAAGAGUUAGAAUCUGUUUGUUGUGAAAUCCUGUUUUCACUUUUUAUAUACAAUACAUUUUUCCAAAAUGAACAUGUUAAAGGAACACUAUUGGGUCAGGAACAUAAAUGUGUACUCUUGACCCUAUAGUGUUAAACUAUCUAGGUGGCUGCCUCCCCCCUUAUUCCCCUUAAACAUGUAUUUUGCUCACCUUUUAUUCCAGUGCCUAUGCGCCAGCAGUGGGUCUGCUGGCGCAUAGAAAUAACAGACCAACACAACUAUUCACUUAAAAUCCAGUGAAAAUUACCAAAUUACAACCGCAUCUGAGCAAAUCUACAGCCACCGCCCAAAAGUGUUGGGAUUAAAAUUGGUGAUUUUGCAUCCGAGUCCUAUACUUUGUAAAUUCAAAAAGCACAAGUGCGGAUGCACGUUCACAAACUCUGUUUCACUUUACUUCAUGCAAGCAAACUACAGUUGCAAGAAACAGUAUGUGAACCCUUUGGAAUGGUAUGGAUUUCUGCUAAAUUGGUCAUAAAAUGUGAUCUGAUCAUCAUCUAAGUCACAACAAUAGACAAUUACAGUCUGCUUAAACUAAUAACACACAAAGAAGGAAAUGUUGCCAGGUUUUUAUUGAACACACCAUGUAAACAUUCACAGUGCAGGUGGAAAUAGUAUGUGAACCCUUGGAUUUAAUAACUGGUUGAACCUCCUUUGGCAGCAAUAACUUCAACCAAACGUUUCCUGUAGUUGCAGAUCAGAUGUGCACAACGGUCAGGAGUAAUUCUUGACCAUUCCUCUUUACAGAACUGUUUCAGUUCAGCAAUAUUCUUGGGAUGUCUGGUGUGAAUCGCUUUCUUGAGGUCAUGCCACAGAAUCUCAAUCGGGUUGAGGUCAGGACUCUGACUGGACCACUUCAGAAGGUGUAUUUUCUUCUGCUUAAGCCAUUCUGUUGUUGAUUUACUUCAAUGCUUUGGGUCAUUGUCCUGUUGCAACACCCAUCUUCUGUUGGGUGCUUCAGCUGGUAGACAGAUGGCCUUACGUUCUCCUGCAAAAUGUCUUGAUAAACUUGGGAAUUCAUUUUUCCUUUGAUGAUAGCAAUCCGUCCAGGCCCUGACGCAGCAAAGCAGCCCCAAACCAUGGUGCCCCCACCACCAUACUUCACAGUUGGGAUGAGGUUUUGAUGUUGGUGUGCUGUGCCUUUUUUUCGCCACACAUAUUGUUGUGUGUUUCUUCCAAACAACUCAACUUUGGUUUCAUUUGUCCACAGAAUAUUUUGCCAGUACUGCUGUGGAACAUCCAGGUGCUCUUGUGCAAACUGUAAACAUGCAGCAAUGUUUUGUUUGGACAGCAGUGGCUUCCUCUGUGGUAUCCUCCCAUGAAAUCCAUUCUUGUUUAGUGUUUUACGUAUUGUAGAUUCGCUAACAGGGAUGUUAGCAUUUGCCAGUGACUUUUGUAAGUCGUUAGCUGACACUUUAGGAUUCUUCUUCACCUCAUUGAGUAGUCUGCGCUGUGCUCUUGCAGUCAUCUUUACAGGACGGCCACUCCUUGAGUAGCAGCAGUGCUGAACUUUUUCUAUUUAUAGACAUUUUGUCUUACUGUGGACUGAUGAACAGCAAGGCUUUUGGAGAUACUUUUAUAACCCUUUCCAGCUUUAUGCAAGUCAACAACUCUUAAUCGUAGGUCUUCUGAGACCUCUUUUGUGCGAGGCAUCAUUCAAAUCAGGCAAUGCUUCUUGUGAAAAGCAAACCCAGAACUGAUUGGACUCCAGUUGGCUGACAUCUCACUCCAAUUAGCUCUUGGAGAUGUCAUUAGUCUAGGGGUUCACAUACUUUCUCCACCUGCACUGUGAAUGUUUACGUGGUGUGUUCAAUAAAAACAUGGCAACAUUUCCUUCUUUGUGUGUUUAUUAGUUUAAGCAGACUGCCUAUUGUUGUGACUUAGAUGAUGAUCAGAUCACAUUUUAUGACCAAUUUGUGCAGAAAUCCAUAUCAUUCCAAAGGGUUCACAUACUUUUUCUUGCAACUGUAUACGUAUGAUUUGCUGCACUAUAGAUUUCAGAGCUCAGUCUGUGUGGAGCCCUCAAUGAGUGAAGAUAGAUUAAUUUUAAUGUGGAGUUUAAUUUUUCUGUCUUGGGUUGAGUCAAAUUCAUGCCUGUGUUAUAUUGUUAAAUAGCCUGAAUAAUGUCUGGAUUUUUCAGUCCAAGUAUCCUUGUACACACCUGGACAGUUUUGACUCAUUCAGUAUGGGACAACUCGGAUUUUAGUGAAUAACCCUGUAAUCUUUGUGAAUCUGACAAGUAGUGGUGCGAUUGUUAUUUUGUUAAAUCUUACAUUAAAAUGUUCUCAUGACAAUGGCCAUCCCUUUUCCAUCCAACACACUGUGGUAAUUGAUUACUGGGUUUCAGAGUGGGUGAAGGCCGGGCCUGCUGGAGCCUAGGAAAUGCAUACACUGCCUUGGGAAACCAUGACCAGGCUGUUCAUUUUGCAGAGAAGCAUCUGGAUAUCUCAAGAGAGGUAAGACACAUUUUUCAGUUCCAUUCUUCACCCAUUACAGUAUAUAGAUAUAUUUUCAAUUGUGAAGCAGUUUGUAUCAAAGUACUCUAAUAAAAAUGGACCUGAUUUAAUUCCAGGAAAACCGAUAAAAAUUCAGUUUUUUUGUUUUUGUUUUUUACUGGGAUCUUACCAUACAGUUAUCAUAAACAUGUAGAGGAUGUUUAAAAUGGACUCUACUAUCUCAAAAUGUGUUGAAUGCCAGGUCAUGUCAGUUAAAAAAACAAAAAUAAUAAUUCUGUACACAAUGCAAGGUAAACUGCCAGCAAAUGUAAAGAUUUAAUUAUUGGCACAUGCAAUAUGUGCAGCUGCUUGCUUUAAAGGGACACUCAACUGCCAAAAUACAAAAUAAGUAAAUGUCACUGUUUAGUGGAUAUACGCCAAAUGAAAAUAUGCAUGCAUUUAAUAAUGCAUUUUUUUCAUUGAGGGUAUGUUGUACUCCUACCUUACCUUAAAGACUUCUCUAGGGCUGCAUCGUUCCUAUGGAACGCCCUUCACCUAAUCUCUACUCGUUCAAGAAAAUCUUUGAAAACUUACUUUAGGAAAGCAUAUCAAUUAAACUGUGAACAGCUUUCCCUCCCCGCACCCCGAUCCCUCUCCUGAAACGUCAAUAAAACAAAACAAUAAGCCCUCAAUGAACACUAUCCUAGCAAACUACUUUUCUACCCUACCCUUACCUUCUGUGUCACAUUACCCCACUCCCUCUAGCAUGCGAGCAGGGCCCUCAAUCCCUCUGUUCCUGUGUGUCCAACUUGUCUGUGUACAAAUACUUGUCUGUUAGUCCACUCAUUCUACAGCGCUACGGAACUUGUUGGUGCUUUAUAAAUAAUAAAUUUAUAAUAAUAAUCCAUCUAAUUCGGCUUGCAAAACAUGCAGUUCUGUUUGCUGCUUUGCAAACCCUCCCUAUCUAACCCCAACCCGACUUCUGGAACUGUCCAAUCACAGACUUCCUAAUGCAGCUCAAUGAAAAGUCCUCGCAAGGGUGGUGCUCUGAGUAAUUGCUGCCUCUUGAAUUUAACUCAACUGAGCUAACCAAACCAGAAAGUAAAAUGAUCUGUUGUCUGCUUGAAAGCCAAGGUGGUGUAACUAGCUUAAUUUAGAAAAGUGUAAAUUUUCAUAGAAAUCUAAACUUUUUUUUUUUCACACUCUUAAUACAUAAAGCUUUUCAGCAAGUUGAAGUUGUUUAGGCGAAUUGAGUUUUUUUUUUUUUUUAAUCUAGAAUGUGCCAUUAUGUUAUUAACAAAUUAUAUUUAACCCCUUCGCGUCCGCUGACUGUUCAGGACCAUCAAUUGGAAAAAUCCCCUUGAGGACCGGUGAUGGUCCUGAACAGUCAUAACAGAAAUCUUUACUCACCCGGUCGCCGUUGUUACACACAGGCUUUUCCGGCCUACCACCUUCUUUCUUCAAUCCAUCGCCGUGGAUGGUGUCCAAGUGACUCACAAACCGUAAGUCGACCUACCCGUUACACCAGGCAUCAGUCCCACGGCACCAUGCACGGGUCAGGUCCUAACUUUACGGCUGCAUUUUGUCUAAGUCUGUUCUAAAACCGUUGCAUGUUCAUUCGUUUAAACUCCCUUGUUUAUAUUUGUCACUGGCUCAUUUCGAGCAUUUGCCUGCUCCCAAACGGGAACAUAUUCUGUUUCAAUUACCUAAACACACUAGGCAAUUCUGUGCGUGCAUUUCAAAUCUCACUGCUCGUUUCGUUUUGUUUCCCUGACAUACCAGGCUUACGGUUCGUACAAUUUUCUACCAAACGUGAACUAGUUCAUACAUUUACUAUUGUACUACACACACGUUUUAUGCAUUUACAACCCACUAACAGAACUUUGGUUUGUUACAAUGAAUGUUAAACUAUCAUGUUCACAUAUUGUAUAUUGUCAAACGGGUUUGGAUUAACCCCUUAAGGACACAUGACAUGUGAUAUGUCAUGAUUCCCUUUAAUUCCAGAAGUUUGGUCUUUAAGGGGUUAAAGGGUAUUUUUACCAUACAAUCAGCAUUUCUGACCCCUACUGGUCAACAGCAAAACUGUCUUCACAUGUCAUUUACAAUUUACCAGCCAAUAUAAAUUACACAUAAGAUUGUUUUAAACAUAACCAUAAAUUAAACUCCAGCAUGGGCUCAACUUCAGGUUUAAUUCACAAUAAUUUACAUUUCACAUCAAGACCAACAGUGGUUCUAUCAACACUGCCACCUACAGGUCUGUCAAGUACAUUGACAAUUUUCAUGGGGUUUUACAAACACCAAAACACUGAACCCUACAGGUCAACAGACAAACAACAUUUCACAUACCAAUCAGUAUCCAACUACACUGCCAGCUAUAGGGCACUCGGCAGAUCUCCAGUGCACUUGCAUUUUGCAACACAUGUUCACUGACCCCUACCAUUCAAUAAGACAUACAACAAUUCACAUAGCAAGUAGUAUAUCAACAUCUGGUAUAAAUACAUAUAUUAUUACACAGUAGCAGACGCAUCUGUAUAUACGUAACUGGUAAUAUAUUUCACAUAAAUUUUUCACAGCAUGCUGCUCACACAACAGACUUUCCCCUAGCAAGGGGACAUAUAACAUACAAGGUGGGGACAGACCACUUUUUCACUUGUACAUAGGGCACUUAAUGGGUUAAGAUUGAUACAUAUUUAACCAGCAUUGGCUACGAUGUUUAAUAUUUAUCACGGCACUUUACUUUUCACUUACACCGUUUUCAAAAGUAGGCAACCCAAAUGGUGCAUUUUAAGAUGUUUGGUCUAACCACUUUAUUAGAAAUGAAGGGCCCACAUAGCGGUUAUAGUUUUAUUUGUGCUUUUUCACACACACGAACUCUCUUUUCACAGACCUUUCAUAUUCCUGAUACCUGAGUUAUUGCAACAAAGCCUCACUAGUUGUAUUUAACAUUGUAAAAUCUAGUACAUUAACAUGUACUAGAUUUUCUGUUUUUGGAGGGAAGUCACGGGGACAAAAAUAUUAGAUGCCUUUUCAGCUUGUAAGUUUGUCAAAGUGAUUUUCUGGGCCUAUGUGGCUUUUCAGAGAGUAUGGCAGCCUGGGUAAUAACAUUUCCACCGUUAUGGUAUACAGUUUUCAAAAGUAGGCAACCCAGAUUAUAACAAAUGGCAUAAUUUGAGAUGUUUGGUCUAGCCAUUUUAACAGAAAUGCUGGGCCCAUGUAGCGAUUUCUACUUUUAUUUUUGUCUUUUUAAUAAGAUAAAUUGCAUUUUCACUGGAAAUGUCAUAAUCCUGAUAUUAGUGCAAUAGAAACUUUGUAUUUUGAUUUAACACUGUCUUCUGAAUAGAACAGUACCCACAUGUAGCAUGUUUUUAUUAAAUCACAGGAAUAGAACAGUACCCCCACAUACACUUUGAUUUGAAGGCAGAGAGAUCUUUGAUCUCACAUAGUUACUGUGUGAAAACUUAAGUUAAAAAAACAAACAAAAAAACUCUUUACAUUGAAACAGUCUGUUAUGCAGAGGGCAGGUAGAGAUGGGCAGGUUGGGCAAUAACUGGAGUGCUUUUGGACUCCUUUCUUGUAGCAAACAUGGCACUUUCUUUUUUACUGGGGGUGGGUGGGAUAAGGGAAGGGAAGUGUUUGCCACAAAGUCUUUUGAGAUCUCCUGAUUCCAAAAUGGGAUUGGGGGACUAGGUAAAUAACAUACGGGACAAAAGGCUCAACGUAAAUUCUGGGAAAGGGCCGGGCUUACCUAUGACCUCUCAUUUAUAGAGGAUAUAGGCGUUGAAAAUUGCAAUCUGGCUCACGUAGAUUGCAAUUUUCUUGUACCAGGUCCUAGUUUUUCGGUUCACCAGAUAGGGCUGUAUGCAUUGGCCAGCCAAGUCUACUCCCCCUAUAAACUUGCUUUAGUCUACAAUGCACUUUGGCUUUUUCCAGAUGCUCAGUGCUACCGCUCACAGACUCUGGCACUGUACAUCCUUCCUAUCUCUGAAGCAAAGGGCAAGCAGCUCAUCCUAGUGAAGAGCUGAAGAGGAACCUCUACUGCUUCUGCCUCUUGCCAGAGUUUGAGGGAAACCCCCUGCGAUUCUUCCUCACUGUGCCACAGGCUAGGGUUUCAAAACAAUAUAAAUUUUUAAAUAAUUGUAUACUGAUAUAAUAAUUGUUAACCCAGCCUAUAUCCCUUAUUUAACAAGGGAAGUAUUACAUCCCAAACAAUCUUACCACUUGUACCCACAGAAUCAGGUCAUCCUGGUGGGUCAAGAUGGCUAUCCUUCCCCUGGUAAAUGCGAAACGCCCAUGUGUAACCAGUACAGGAUUUGCAUAAUUUAUCAAAUUUAACGCUAUAUCAGAACCGUUUAGAUGGAAUAUAUUGCUAAAAUAGCAGUCGACCUUUAAAUUUUAUAAGGUACUCGUCAAUUGAAAUAUCUUUAUCCAACUCCUGUCAGACACAUUUUCUGAAAAUUAUGUCCCCGAUAAAGGGCCGAAUUUUAUAGAGCCUCUCAAACAGUGGGUCGUUUUUAGGGGGACACUCAUUAAAAUGAAGGAAUCGCAGCAGUUGCAGGUAGUGAUCCCUCUGCAUAACCUCAGGGAAAAGAGGGGUAGCCAGGAUGCAUUACUUGCUCCAGUAGGACCUACUAGGGGUAGUGAGGAAUAUGUAGCUUGCAGCGCCCAAUACAGAGUGGGAAGACAGUACCUUGGGCAUUGCUCAGACCUCCAUGGGUUCCCCGGGGUGUACAUUUGGAAGGUGUACCAUGUGGCUUAGAGUGGGGGUAAAGUGGCCCGGCGGGACCGAUGUGGUUUGUGACCUGUGGGGCAGUCGAGGCCACCUUAACAGGCUUUUGCCCUUUUUAUUUUUUAUUUAUUUAUUUUGUGCCAGUUGUGGUUUUAUGGUGUUCUCUGUUGGGUUCUGUGCUGCCAAUAUGAUAGAGAUGGCUGCCAUUUGGAGAGGUUACGGGGGGAGUAACUUGAAGUUCUAACUGGGGUAGUGGUUGGUAUGUAAUGUAGCAUGGGCCUAAGCCUUCCUGUCAUCUAGGGUGGGGACACCAUUCUGUUGUUGGGGCUCUGUGGGUCCCACUGUUCCCACGCCUCGUACCAAUAUUUGGUGUAGGGGCGGGUUUGUCUGGCCAUAAGUUCAUAGGAUUUGUUGAGUUCAGUUGUGGCAAUGCAGUGAAGAUGGGGGGGGGUGUUGUGGGCUGCUUUCCACUGUCUGCUUAUCACCAUGAGGGCUGCGAUGAGGAUUUGGUAGACUAAAUAUUGUUGCCUUUUUUUGGAGUUGCUUUGAGAACAGUAACAGGAGGAAUAUUUCGGGGCAAAGGUGGAGGUCAUGUGAGUGUAAUUUUAAAAGCACAGCAUUUAUUUUAUUAUGAUACACUUCACUAUGUGCGGUUUACUUAUUCCUUUGUAGAUACUUAUCUGAAUCCCAAUAGGGUUUACUGUCUAGAGACACUUCCAGUGGCUUUCACUCAGACUGCCACUAAAGGUGCUUCCUGGUCAGUGCUGCACAACGUGCAGAACCUUUAUUCAGAGUCUCCACGCUCUGCAUGGAGACGCUUAACUUUCCCCAUAGAGAUGCAUUGAUUCAAUACAUCUAUUUGAGGAGUUGCCACUUGGCCAGCGUGGCAUUUGGCUUGUAUGAAAGCAUUGGAUUGGCUGAGAUCGUCAAUCCUGAUAAUCUUUGCCAAGGAGGCACAUCUGCAUGGAGCCAGUGCUGGCAAAUUAGCAUGGCACUGGGGUAAAGGUAAGAUUUUACUUUACUCGUGGGUGACCAGCCACCUAUUAGUGUUUUUAACACAAUAGGGUCAGGAGUACACCUUUGAAUUCUGGUCAUGUAGUGUGCCUUUAAGCUGUAGUGGUUCUGGUGACUAUAGUGUACAUUUUAAAAGGAAAAUUUGUGAAAAGGUCAUUUUAAAAAAAAAUUUAUUUCACAGAUGUUUAAAAGUAUGAACAUUCUUUGUAGUAUCCCUGAAAUAUUUCCCAUAUCCUUUGUCUGCUCUGCCUGACUUUGUGUGUAAAUAUGGAACAUAGCUGUAUAUGAAAUAAUUGACACUAAACUUUGGUGGAUAAAUCUUCAUUUGACAGUUGGGAGAUCGAAAUGGUGAACUCACAGCACAGCUGAACCUCUCUGACCUACAGAUGGUGCUGGGACUUAGCUACAGCACCAAUACCUCAGUGCUUUCAGAAAUCCAGGACCCAGACACCAGUGUGAAUGGUAAAUGUAAAAGUAAUUCUUCUUUUGCCAUGUAAAUUUAUUAUAGAAAGCAGUAUAUAGCAGUGGUGUAUUUUGAAUAUGUGCUAAACUGACAUCACUCACACAUCUUCACUGGUUUGACACAUUCUGACAGAGGCACACACACUUACUGGCAGACACACACAAUCACUGGCAAGCACACACACAUUCCCUGACUGACACAUGGAUACUGCCACACUCACGCACAUUUUCUCAUACACUCACAAAUGUUUUUUUUUUUUUUUUUUAAUUUUAGUCCACCCAGCCUCCUUGCCUUUGGGAGAGCUGGAGUGGAUUAUUUCCUUCCAGUCCAGUGUGGACCCUGUUCCUGCAGCACAAUCCCACCCAUCUGUGCCAUGUGAUUAUGAUCACGAUCACAUUACUAGAAUCAGCGUGUUUGACAGAUUUCCUGGCAGACCCUCCAACAUAGAAUUAAUAAAAACAAAUAAUUAUAUUAGAAAUAUAAAGAAAUAUACACUUAUAUAGAAUGACUUAGUGUGUAUGCGCCCAAUCCGCUUCCUAGCCGUUGGGGAGGGAGACUGGAACACUUCAACCCCAGUUGUCGAGGCUUGACUUGGGUCUCUCUGGAGCUUUUCAAGACUGCAGCUAUCCUUCCAGGCAGGUAUCGUCCCCUCUGCCUAUUCCGUUGCAGCCCUUCUUCCAGGUAGGUAUCAUUAAGCUGAAGUGGUCUGGGUGCCUAGAGUGGUCCUUUAAAUGUUUCAGACCAGACUUUUUUUAAAUUGGAACCUCCACUACUUUAAACUGUAACUAAUGGUGUGUGUUUAUUUAUUUUAUAAAGGUGCACGGCCGAAGUUAAGCAGACGGCACAGCAUGGAGAAUCUGGAACUUGUGAAGUUAACUCCAGAGAAGGUGCCUGUUUUUUUAAUAUUUGUAUUUGUGGUUUGCAGUUUCUAAUAUGCUGAAAUUGCUCUAUUCUUGCAAAAGUUUCACAUUUACUACUUGGUAAAAGGCUGAAGCAUUUUCUUUCAAUGCCUUUCCUUAAUUAAAGGGAUAUUAUAGUGCAAGAAAUACAAAGCUGUAUUCCUGGCACUAUCGCUACUCCUGCCUCUCCUGACGUCCUGCGACGAGCGCCUGCUUAUGCUCAUGCAUGUUAGACCUCCCCAUAGGAAAGCGUUGAAUCAAUGCUUUAUGUGGAAAAUCUGAUCCUGAGUGUCCUCAUGCAGAGCGUCGUUAUGAUCCAGGAAGCGCCUCAAAUGGCAGUCUGGGAGACAGCGACUGGAGGCAGAGUUAGUGCUCUAAUGUAAAAAAUGCACUUUCUCUUUAAACUGCAGUGUUUUACAUUGCAGCACUAAGUGCAAAAGGGACACUGCACCCAGACCACUUCAGUGAAACCCCCCGCACAGAGUACGCCCACUAGAUCACAGGCUUAGUGAAUGAACCAAAUGAUUGUAUGCACUCAAGAUACAUUUUCACUGACAUAUGAGUUUGCAAAUCCACUUAAAUAUGUCAGUGGCAUGAACAUCUGUUGGGAUAUGUUAUCAUGUGUGUGUGUGUUUUUUUUCCCUUUUUUUUUUCUGUGGUUUUUCUCAGAAAUGGAUAGCAUAUAGAGCCCAGAUAUUUCAGUUAAAGGGAGACUAUAGGCACUAAAUCAAUUUUAAUUUAAUGAAGCAGUUUUGGUGUGUAGAUCGUGCCCAUGCAGUCUUACAGCUCAAUUCUCUGCCAUUUGAGAUUUAAAUUGCAUUCUAUAUACAGCCCUAGUCACACUUCCCUACAUGUGACUUGCACAACUUUACUAAACAUUUCCUGUUGAGAGAUCUAAUAUUUAAACUUCCUUUAUUGCUUAUUGUUUUAUUUAGAAUGUCUUAUAUCUGUGAACAGCAUUCUAGAUCCUGCUGGAUGUAAUUAAAGCUCAUUUUACCGAGCAGGAGAUAAAUUUGUAAAGCAGGUUAACACCUGUUUGAAAAUGAAAUUUUUUUUUUUUAUUUUUUUUCAUGCAAGCUGUGCUAGUCAAAGCCAGGGGAAGUGUGGCUAGGGUUGCAUGGACAGAAAUAAAAGUACCUAAUAACCCUAUAGUGCCAGGAAAACAAGUUUAUUUUCCUGGCACUAUAGUACUCCUUUAACUCUUAAAUGGCAGAGAAUUAAGCAGUGCGACAGUAUGAUCCAUACACCAAAACUGCUGCAUUAAGCUAAAAUCGAUUUGGUGACAUUAGUGUCCCUUUAAGCAUUUAUGGGGUAAGUAAUGUACAGAAUCUCCAUAUUCCAUACCCCUACUUAUCGUAUUCUAUCUCUUGGUUUAAUAUAAGUUCUCUCUUCCUUAUUAAUUAUUGCCCUUAUAUCUCAGACCUCUCCCAACUUAAAGGGAAACUCUAUUCAAAAAAAUAAAUGUUAUCACAAUUUCUUGUUGUCUUUACUAUUUUAUAGCUCCAUUCUCCCAUUUUGUUGCCAUUUAAACAUAAUUUUUAUAUUAAAAAGUUAUAUUGAAUCCAGCACCAUGAUCUCCAACCUGAUUUUCCUACUUUCCCAUCAUAAUGGCAUCUUCUUUUUGUAACGCUUCUCACAGAGAAAUUUUAGUUGAGCAAUGGUGCAUGCCUGACAAUUACUCAAAUGCUACUCCUAGAGCGGCAUUGAAACUAAUAAUGUAAAGUGUGUUCAUUCCGUACACUGCAGAUGGAUUCACAGUGCCUAUAAUAUCCUAAAUGUUAUAGUUCUGAUGCUUAGUGUCACUUUAACUUACCAAUUCCACUUAUUUACCCUUCCUUAUUUCAUCUUUUUUCUGGUAUUCCUUAUGAGUCUUUGUCCGUUCACCUGUUUUUUCAAUGUUGACAUUCUCAGUAGUUGUCUAGAGGCCAUAUUAAUUAUAUUGCCUUACACUAUAUAGUGUUUAACAUAUAUGCCAUACGUGGUGAAAAGUCACCACCAUCAAUUAAAGAUAAGCAGGUUCUGAUGUCUACAAAAUAUUUUCCACUUGGUUCCAGCGAAAUAUGCAACAGUCUUUUUUAUUGAGGCUUAAAGUGACACUUUAAGCACCAAAACCAAUAAAAUGGGUUAUAAUGCUAGCAAAGUUAUUUAUUAAAGGGAAAAAUCAAAGGAACACUAGAUAGGGUCAUGAACACAAACCUGUAUUUCUGACCCUAUAGUGUUAAAUACACAAUCCAGCCCCUCGCCCCUUUAAUAUAGUAACAUUUUACCUUUUAUUCCAGUCUGCUGGUGUUGGCUGAUCUGUCUGCUUGGCUGACUUCAUCAGAAGUUAUGAUCUUGGCCAAUCACAAUGCUUUCCAGUAGGAAAGAAUUGAAUUGGUUAAGAUUGCCAAGGAGGCAGAUCGGGGACAGAGCCAGCACAAGCCAAACACAGCCCUGACCAAUCAGUGAUUCUCUAUGAGGAAAGUUUAGUGUCGCCAUGCAGAGGGUGGAGACACUGAAUGAAUGUGCAGGAAGCACCUCUAGUAGCUAUAUGAGGAGUGGCAAGUGGAGUUAUCCCUAGGCUGUAAUGUAAAUAUGGCCUUUUCUAUGAAAAGACAGUGUUAAUGGCAAAAGGCCUGAGGGAUUGAUUCUACUCACCAGAACAAAUACAAUUAGCUGUAGUUCUGGUGACUGUAGUGUUCCUUUAGGAUAAAAAAAAAAUCUGAACCUGAAAAAUUCUCUAGGUUUCAGUUUCAUUUGGUCUACACUAAAGUAUGCAUAACAGAAAACCGUGUACAUGGAAAUAAAUAUCCAGAUUUUUAUAAUAAUUUUACAGGAGUAUCCAAUUGUGAUAAAACCAAUGUUCAGUGAAUAGAGUAUGGGAAGGAGUGAUUUGUGAUUUAGGGAUCCUAUUUGUAAUUCUAUGUUUUCAAUACAGAAUUGUCACCUGAGAUUGAGUGAUGAUUCCCUUAAGCAGACCCUAAAUGUAUUUCUUUGUUUUAGGUACAAAACUGGAACAGUGAGAUCCUUGCUAAGCAGAAAGUCCUGCUCUCAAAGCCAUCCUCUAAGCUUAUGUUUGUAAACAGACUGAAAGGGAAGAAGUUUAAGAACAGCACAUCCAGUAAAGUGCUACAGGACACCAGUAACUCCAAUGACUCUAACAGAAAGAUGUCCAACUCUCAACGGGUAUACCUUACUCCACAGACUAAGUAGUGAAUGCAUGGGUACUUGAUUUUUUUGAAUGCUAAAGAUGUGCACAGGGGAUUGCAAAAACAAAGCUAAUUGAGUAUACCUCUGGUACUAAAGUUAUGAAUGUCUUUAAAGUGAACCUGUAACAGAUAUAGUUCUGCCAUUGCAAACAUUCUAGCUUGACUCAUGUUAUACAAUUUAAGUGUUUCUUCCCUUAAUUCUAUAAAAAGUUCUUAUUUUAUUAACAUUACAUUAACUCCAGCUGAGACCAUCAAUCAUGUUUUCAAUGGGUGUUACACUUGCUGCAACGCACAUCUCUUUUGCAUACCUCAUAAAUCAUUCUGGCUGUUUCUCUCUGCGCAGCUGUUUCUGCUCUCACAUAAAGCCUGCUCCUCCUCCCCCCCUUUGCAGGCAUUGUUUUUACAAUUAUCUUUCAUGAUGUUAUUAAACACAUCUAUUCAAUAUUUACAGUGCUGUGGGGGAAAAAAAAGGAAGUGCACACUUGGAUUUAAUAGCUAUAGUUGAUACUAGUUUGGCAGCAAUAAUGUCAACAAAGUGUUUAUGGUAGCUGUGGAUUGAACCUUAACAACGUUCAGGAGGAAUUUUAUUCCUUACUGCUUCAGCUCCGCUACAUUUUUAGGAUGCCGUGAACAGCUAAACCCUAGUUAUAGGGUUAAGGUUUAGGUUCUUAUUUGGGCCACUCCAAAAAAAUGAUUUUCUUUUUUGAAGCCAUUCUGUAGUGGAUUUACUUUGAUGUUUAGGAUCAUUGUCCAACUUCUAUCGAGCUUCAGCUGGUGCACAGCCACCCUGAUAUAUUAUUCUAUAUGAUGUGUUGAUAAACUUAGGGAAUUAACCUUUUCCCAUGAUUGUGGCAAGUGGCACAGGCCCCAAAUCAUGAUGCUUCCUCCACUGGAACUGUUGGGAUGAUGUUAACAUAUUGGUAUGUGGUGCCCCUUUUUACGACAUACGUGGUGUGCAUUUUUUUUCCAAACAACUUAAUCUCCGUUUCAUCAGUCUACAAAACAUUUUCCCAGUUGCAUUGUGGAGUGUCAAGGUGGUCUUUGGUAAAUUUCAGACCCGCACAAUUUUUCAAUAUUUUUUUAGAGUGUUUUUUUUUCCCCGUAUAGUAGACGCCUAUUAACCAGUUCCAAUGAUUUAUGGACAUCUUCAGAUGACACUCUAGUGUUUUUUUUGUAUUUAUUUAUUAUUUUUUAACCCCUUAAGGACGGAGCCAAAUGUACACGUUGUGAACGAAACAAAAUGUAAACAAAACCUGGCAUUUGCGCUACAUGUCUGUCCAACUGUAAUACAACUCUUUCAUAGUAAAUGCACCCACCCUUAUUAUAUAUCAUUUUAUUCAGGGGAAACAGGGUUUUCAUUUAAUAUCAAAUAUUUAGCUAUGAAACAUAAUUUAAUAUGAAAAAAAUGGGAGAAAAAAAAAGAUUUUUUAGUUCUACAUGACACUUUAACUGUCAAUGUCAUAAUACUGUUUGCUUUUACUGCAAUAAAAUACACAUAUUUGUAUUCAGCAAAGUCUCACGUGUAAAACAGUACCCCCUAUCUACAGGUUUUAUGGCGUUUUGGGAAGUUACAGGGUCAAAUAUAUCACAUUACAUUUGAAAUUGAAAUUCGCCAGAUUGGUUACGCUGCCUUUGGGACUUUAUAGUAGCCCAGGAAUUAAAUUUACACCCAUAAUGGCAUACCAUUUGCAAUAGUAGACAACCCAAGGUAUUGCAAAUGGGGUAUGUCCAGUCUUUUUUAGUAGCCAUUUGGUCACAAACACUGGCCAAAGUUAGCGUUAGUAUUUGUUUGUGUGAAAAAUGCCAAAACGCCAAUUUUGGCCAGUGUUUGUGACUAAGUGGCUACUAAAAAAGACUGGACAUACCCCGUUUGCAAUACCUUGGGUUGUCUACUAUUGCAAAUGGUAUGCCAUCAUAGGGGUAAUUUUCAUUCUUGGGCUACCAUAGGGUCUUAAAGGCACCGUAACCAAUCUUGCGAAUUUUAAUGUGAAAAAAAUGAAACGCAAGCCUUAUAUUUGACGCUGUAACUUUUGAAAACCCCACAAAACCUGUACAUGAGGGGUACUGUUGUACUCAGGAGACUUCGCUGAACACAAAUAAUUGUGUUUCAAAACAGUAAAAAGUAUCACAGCAAUAAUAUCGUCCGUGUAACUGCUGUUUGUGCACAAAAAAUGCAAAAAAGUCACUUUUACUGGCGAUGUCAUCGUUGUAAUACAUUUUGAAACACUAAUAUUUGUGUUCAGCGAAGUCUCCCAAGUAGAACAGUACCCCCCAUGUACAGGUCUUAUGGUGUCUUGGAAAGUUAUAGGGGUAAAUAUAGUGCUAGCAAAUUAAAUUCCCUUUACUCUCGGCAUGGGUUGUUAGGCAGGUCCCGCUAAAUGUAAUUAAUUAAGAUACCGAAUUAUGUAAAAAUAUUACAUAAAUAUAUAUGUAGAAUUAAUAUAUGUGUAUAUAUACGUAUGUGAAUCUAUGUGUGUGUGUGUGUGUGUGUGUGUGUGUGUGUAUAUAUAUAUAUGUAUAUAUAUAUAUAUAUAUAUAUAUAUAUAUAUAUAUAUAUGUAUAUAUAUAUAUAUAUAUUUUUUUUUUAAAAUAUUUUUAUUUAUAUAUAGGUAUAUAUAUAUAGUGAUAUAUACGUAUAUAUAUAUAUAUUAUUUCGUUCUAUGUGUAUUUUGAUAUAAAUAUAUAUAUUAAUAUCACAAUACAGUUACAACGAAAUGACACACAUCUAUAUAUUUUUUUAUUUUUUUAACGUAUUUACAUUUUUUUAUAUUGUAUAUAAAUAUAUAUAACAAAAAUUAUAUAUAUAUAUAUAUUAUAUUAUAUUUAAUCAGUAUCAGUCUACGUGUAAUUUGAUAUUAAUAUAUAUAAUUAUAUAUAUAUAUAUUAAUAGUAAAAUACACCUAGACAGUAUAUGUGUGAUCUAAGUAUAUAUAUAUAUAUAUAUAUAUAUAUAUAUAUAUAUAUAUAUAUAUAUAUAUAUAUAUAUAUAUAUAUAUAUAUAUAUAUAUUUUUUUUACACUUUACUUUUUAAUUAAUUUAUUUUAAUUUUAUUUUCAGCCAGCAGGGGGACCACCUGUCAUUACAGGCAGCCCCCCUGCUGGCAGGAGGCAGCUACCCCCGGCCAUGUGAUUGUGAGGUCCUCGCAAGGACCUCACUCUCACAUGGCCGGGGUGCACCGGAGGAGGAGGAUCUACCGCCUGGGAGUCUCCAGUACAAUUACGCCCGGCGGAGUUUAGAGCCGCCUAAAAUAGGGCGUAAUUGUACGCCCUCCGGUCUUAAGGGGUUAAAUCAAGUUUCAUUAGUUGAAUGCCAUGUGUGCCAAUUUCUAACUCUAAUUGGCUUUUGUUUAAGUAAUUCGCCUAGGAUUUCACAUACUUUUUAUAACCUAUACUUUAUUUGAUAUAUAUUUAUAAUGUACAAGAACAAUACCAUUGUGUUCUUAAUUAAAACAGAUUGUAUUUGUUGAUUACAGUACUUGGAUGAAUAUCAAAUUAGAUUUAAGACCAAUGUAUACAUAAAUGCAAUAAUUUCUGAUGUUUUUACAUACUUUUUCAUUUUGGUGUUAAGUGCAAAAACAGUAACUGGGUAGCUAUUCAGUUAAACAUACAUUCUGUGGAUUCCUCAUUCACCUUAAGUAAAUAGUACUCCGAUGGAUGUGUAUAUAAUAAAAGUAACCCCCUUACCCUCUCAGCCAACCUCAACUCUGCACUGUGGGGCUUGGCUCUGUAAAACUAACGGAAGUUCCUGCUUAGGUGCAUUCAGCUCUCCGGAGUUAAUAGUGGAGGUGAGAAAUUAUGUCUGAACUCCAAAAUUGAUUUGAUUACUUGCAAUGUAGGAGGGGCACCUGCACCCUCAAGCUGUAGUGGUUAUGGUGAUUAAACUGUUCCUUUUACAUUUGUGAGAGAAACUCAGAUGGAUAUCCAGAACUUUCUAAGCAACAUAACACCAUGUGGGGACAGCUUGACAGAUGUUAUUACUGUAGAUGUACAUGUAUAAAGAACUGGGGUUAAGAAAGCAUACGUUUUUUUUAUUUUUCCUUCUGCUUCUUGUGCCAGGAGCACACAUAUUCUAAACUCCUUACUGGAUUUUUCUCUAAAGCAAGUCGUUGAGGAGCCAAACUAGAUUUAGUGUUAAUAAAUGGAGAUUUGGUAUCCGAUAUUACUGUUGGUGAAAGUUUGGGAUCCAAACAAAAGUUUUAGACUUUAGAAAGGGAUUAUUUAAAAGUUGCAUUGCUGAAGGCAACAGAAAAUUGCAUUAGGCUUGUCAGUAAAAGAUUCAAGAAACCACUGUGGUACUCUGCAGAUGUGCCCAAAGUAGAAAACAAAAACUUUAAAAGCAUUUAGUAAUUUUGCUGAUGAUACGAAGAUUUGUAACAGGGUUGACAUUCCCAGAGGGAUAAGCCAAAUGGCAAGAUUUAGGUACACUAGAAAAAUGGUCAGAGUUGUGGCAACUGACAUUUAAUGUGGAUAAGUGCAAGAUAAAGCAUCUUGGACGUAAAAACCCAAGGGCAGAGUACAGCAUAUUUGAUAGUCCUGACCUCAAGAUUAUUAUUAGUAGUAGUAGUAGUAGUAGUAGUGCCAUUUAUAUAGCUCCAACAGAUUCCGUAGUGCUUUACAAUAUUUCUGAGGAAAUGGAUUUAGGGUUAAUUAUUUCUGAUGACUUAAAGGUAGGCAGACAAUCUAAUAGAGCAGCAGGAAAUGCUAGCAGAAUGCAUGGUUGUAUAGGGAGAGAUAUUAGCAGUAGAAAAAGGGAAGUGCUCAUGCCAUUUUACAGAACACUGGUGAGACCUCACUUGGAGUAUUGUACGCAGUAUUGGAGACCGUAUCUCCAGAAGGAUAUUGAUACUUUAGAGAGAGUUCAGAGAAAGGCUACUAAACUGGUUCAUGGAUUGCAGGAUAAAACUUACAGUUUAAAGGAACUCAUCAUGUAUAGCUUGGAGGAAAGAUGAGACACGGGGGAUAUGAUAGAAACAUUUAAAUACAUGAAGGGAAUCAACACCGUAAAGGAGACUAUAUUUAAAAUAAGAAAAACUACCAGACAAGAGGACAUAGUCUUAAAUUAGAGGUGCAAAGGUUUAAAAAUAUUAGGAAGUAUUACUUUACUGAGAGGGUAGUGGAUGCAUUGAAUAGUCUUCCAGCUGAAGUGGUAGAGGUUAGCACAGUGAAGGCAUUUAAGCAUAGAGGGAUAGGCUUAAGGCUAUCCUAGAUAAAUGAUAAUGCCAGGGACUAAUGAAAGUAUUUAGAAAUUUGGGCAGACUAGAUGGGCCGAAUGGUUCUUAUUUGCCAUCACAUUCUAUGUUUCUAUCUUUCCAAUGUGUUUUGGAACAUUCCUUAUAAGACCAGGGUAACUAAGUAGCAAUGUUCUGAUUAAAAAACCUAGAUUUAAAUCUCUUUAAUUUGUCUAUUUUUUUUAAUUUUUUUUUGUCUUUAGAAAACUGUAGUCCCAGACAACAUUGGUGAUGAAGGUUUCUUUGAUCUACUAAGCCGAUUUCAGAGCAACCGGAUGGAUGACCAGAGGUGCAGCUUGCAAGAAAAUAACCUCUUGAAUGUUCCCAAAGGCACAUCUUCCACCCCUCCAAAAACCAUGAGAAAAUGUAGGUUGUGCAUAAAGACUGAAAACCUAAUGUCUGCCAAACAAGCUAUUUCCACCCCCAUAUGUUAUUCUAAGAGAUUAUUUCCAUUUACUAAGAACAUAGCUUUGUAUGUUCUAUUAUAGGAAACAACUUUUGAUUCAUAUUGGGUAAUACGUUAAAUGAAUUUAAUGUGCAGCAACAAAACUUAAAGGAUCACUAUAGUGUCUGGAAAACAAAGCGGUUUUCCUGAAAAUAUAGUGCCUUGAGGGGUCCCCCUCCCGUGGCGCUGAAGGGGAUAAAACCCCCUUCAGCCACUUGCCUUAUUCCAGCGCCGGGCUCCCUUGGCGCUGGUGACCUCUCCUCCCCCGUCGACGUCGGCUCCCUCAAUGCUUUACCAUGAACGCUCUACCCGAUGGAAGCAUAAUAUGCCUCCAGCGUGUCAGAUGCGCCUCUAGUGGCUGUCCAGAAGACAGCCACUAGAGGCUGGCUUAACCCCAAAUGUAAACAUAGCAGUUUCUCUGAAAUUGCUAUCUUUGCAUCUGAACGGUUAAAACCUGAGGGACCUGGCACCCAGACCACUUCAUUGAGCUGAAGUGAUCUGGGUGACUAUCGUGUCCCUUUAAUGCAUUUCAUGAGUUUUGGCUUCAUAAUCAUGCUGUUUUAUUCUCCAUUGAAAUCUAUUUAGUAUUUUUUCUUUUCUUUUUCUCUCUACAGUUUGGUAAAUUGAGUUGGUGUCUUGUUAAUGUUUACAAGUUUAUGGUCAUGAUCGUGAUCCAAAAUUAUAUAGCGUAAAAAAAACUCAGCCAAUAAUGAAAAGGGACUCUUACAACACAUUCUGGUUUCUUUUUAGAAGUAUUAUAAUAAUGUAUAUGGUGAUGACAAAAAGUAUGCUUAAGUCUAAAUUAAUUGGUUCUAGAUUUGACUAUAUGGUAAGAUUGUCAUAAUGUCUAUAGUUAAAUAUUUUGUGUGUUACUUAAAAAUUUGAUUUAUCUGGGGAAGGUAUAUCCAAGAACUACCUCUGGAAUGAAGAGUUAAUUUCCAGAUGGCCAAUAAUAAGACUGUCUUUGCAAUCCUGCCCUAUAACAAGAGUGGGAGUGUUCCUUUAACUAAAGGGUAACACAUUUUAUUAUUUGGCAUCAAUUAUUAUUAUUAUUAUUAUUAUUAUUAUUAUUAUUAUUAUAAUAAUAAUAUAUAUGUUAUUAGUGCACUUAGAACUUUCUGUAAUGUGCAUGUUCCCUGCUGGGAACUGGGCUGUUUGUCAGAAAUAGCAACAAAAAAGAAGAAACUCCAUCUUUUUGUUAAAUGCUAUCUAAUGUCUGUGUCCUGGCAUUGUCUUGUUGUGGGUUUCUGAGCCAAUGUAAUCCAUACAUUGAGUGCAGUACAUAUUUAACUACUGGCCUUGACAAAUAGCCACCCGCACUGUGUGUGUUUACCAUUUUCUUUCUGGUUGUCUGUGUGUUCGCAUUGCGCAAGCUUAGUUUAUCCUCUUGACGCUUUACAAGGAGCCUAAUGAGGGCAAUUUAAAGGCAGGUUUUAAUCAAGCUUGAUCUACACUGUAUUCCACAGUUCAUAACCAUAUUAUAUAUUCAUAUAUAAUCACAACACUAAUGCAUUAAUAAAAAUGGAAUUUUUUAAAACUGUCAGCACUACAAAUAUACAGACUGAAUCAUUUCAAACAAUUCUGAUUUACAAUAAAAAGUACAACAAAUUAAAUUCAGUUGAAGCAGUGUUUUGUAUAUAUUCACAUAUUUUAUUAUACUGUUGCCUUUUAGCUAUGUCAGCAUCAGCGGUGUCUCCUCACACAGAUGAGUUUCUUGAUCUGCUUGCAAGUUCACAAAGUCGCCGGCUUGAUGACCAGAGAGCGAGCUUCAGUAACUUACCUGGUCUGCGGAUUAACCAGCAAAAUAACCAGUCCAUACUGGGACAUCUAAUGUCCAGUGAAAACCGGGAGCCAGAUGAAGACUUCUUUGAUAUGCUGGUGAAAUGUCAGGUGGGGAAUGGUUAAUGUUGCCUUUAACAUUAAAGGGACAGAGGUGGUGUAAGCCAAUGCUUAUCACAUUUUGGAGACCAAGGGAAGUUUAAAGGAACACUAUAGGGUCAGGAACACAAACCUGUUUUCCUGACCCUCUAAUGUUUAAGCCAACAUCUUGCUGCCCUAAAUAUAGCAAAAUCUUAAUUUUAUUCCAGUCUGCUGCUGUUGAUUCUGCCUCUGAUCUGCUUGCUUGGCUGACAUCAUUAGAAAUGGGGGUCUGAGACAAUCACAAUGCUUUUCCAUAGGAAAGCAUUGAAUUGGCUGUGACUGUCAAAGAGGCAGAUCAGGGGCAGAGCCAGUACAAGCCAAACAGAGCCCUAGCCAAUCUGCAUCUCCUAACAGAGAUGCAUUGAAUCAGUGCAUCUCUGAGGAAAGUUCAGUGUCUCCAUGCAGAGGGUGGAAACACUGAAUGUCAGGGCUGCACACUGUGCAGCACUGCCCCAGGAAGCACCUCUAGUAGCUCUCUGAGGAGUGACCAGUGGAGGUAUCCCUAGGCUGGAAUGUAAACACUGCCUUUUCUCUGAAAUGACAGUGUUUACUGCAAAAAGUCUGUAUUUGUAUUUGUUCUGGUGAGUAAUAAUCAUUACAUUCAAUUAGCUGUAGUUGUUCUGGUGACUAUAUAGUGUCCCUUUAAAGUUUGUUGGGUUUAAUACAUACACAUUCUCACUUUGUGUACGUGUUACACAUACAUAGUGAGCUAUUUUGUGACAGAGGAAAAAAACUUCUGUUCAGUACAUAAAACCUGUAACUUGGAGCAGUUGUGUUAUCAAAAUACCCUGCUCCCUUGUAGUUGUAUAUUGUUCUAAAUGGUAACCAUGUUACAUACCGUAAUUAGUUUUUCUUUUAAAGUUAAGGUAUACUUAAUUAAUUAAAAUGUCCUUUUAAUUCUAAAGCACAUAAACACUGUACCUAGAAAUAUAGAAUAUGCUCCUGCAGUCUCACUGCUCUCUUCUGCCAUUAAGGAUCUAAAUAAUUUGUCUGUUCAUGCAACGCUGGCUGUGACUCACACAGCGAACAUAAAAAAAUAAAUGUUUUCAAUCAGAUUUGACACUAAACUGUGUUUUACUUUAGAAGUUUUUAUCUCCAGCUCUGUUGAAUUUGAAUCAAGCAUACGCACAAUAGAUUCAUGACUAUUAACAGAGCUGGAGAUAAGAAACCCUACGUUAAAGGACCACUCUAGGCACCCAGACCACUUCAGCUUAAUGAAGUGGCCUGGGUGCAAGGUCCAGCUAGGGUUAACCCAUUCUUUUAUAAACAUAGCAGUUUCAGAGAAACUGCUAUGUGUAUGAAUGGGUAAGGCCUUCCCCCAAAGCCUCUAGCGGCUGUCUCAUUGACAGCCGCUAGAGGCGCUUGCGUGCUUCUCACUGUGAUUUUCACAGUGAGAGCACGCCAGCGUCCAUAGGAAAGCAUUGUGAAUGCUUUCCUAUGCGACCGGCUGAAGGCGCGCGCAGCUCUUGCCGCGCGUGCGCAUUCAGCCGACGAGGAGGAUCGGAGGAGGAGAGCUCCCCGCCCAGCGCUGGAAAAAGGUAAGUUUUUACCCCUUUCCCCCUUCCAGAGCCGGGCGGGAGGGGGACCCUGAGGGUGGGGGCACCCUCAGGGCAUUAUAGUGCCAGGUAAACGAGUAUGUUUUCCUGGCACUAUAGUGGUCCUUUAAACACACUGUGCAAUAAGUUUAAGUAUUACAUUAUAUAAAUUUAUUUUUUAUUUUUACAGGAAAUGUGUGACUAAACAAACUGAUUUAACUCUUAAAUGGCAGGGAAUUGAGCAGUGAGAUUGCAGGGGCAUGAUCUAUACACCCAAACCACUCCAUUUUGCUAAAGUUGUUUUGGUUCUUAUAGUGUCUAAUUUGCAUUCAUUUGCACACAUGUGAUUUAUACAUUGUUAGUGAAAAAUUUGCAUUUCCCAUGUUUCACUGUGAUUUAUAUUUACAGGGCUCCCGCUUAGAUGAUCAACGCUGUGCACCUCCACCUCCUCCUAAAAAGGGACCCACUGUCCCAGAUGAGGACUUUUUCAGCCUUAUUUUACGUUCACAAGCUAAACGUAUGGACGAACAGAGGGUUACUCUUUCUUCACAGCUAAAGAGACCAAAUUCAAGUUAA